UAGUAGUAGCACACACAGUCGAGUUCUCUUUUCCUUUCGAGUAAGCAGCACCGAGCCAUACCUAAGCUAAGAUAUGAGAGGCUAGAUGACCUUGGUUCUUACCUCAACUGGGAGAAUAUGAUAUCUUCUGAUUCUGGCAUCCGAGUAGAGUAGUAAAGUCCUAUACCGCAAGACCUGGGCAGCAUAUAACCAUAGCUUUCCAAUCCUGCUUCCUAGCUUGAGGAGAGGAUGUUUUCUACGAUAUAUUUCUUCCCUUGCCCCGUGCAGAUAUGGAAGCCAAAAAUGGUAUAUCCUUGGCGGUUUAUUUCUCACUUUGUAGUGGUAACGGGUUCAUUCUUCGCGGAGAUGAGCAGAAGAGAUUCUCCGUUGAGACAAAGUUCUUUAUUUCUGGCCCUCCGCUGGCGGUGAAUCAAGGAUCUAUCCAGGAUAGAGCUGCAUUUUCUUCCAAAAACACAAGCGCAGCACUCUCCUAAUCCUAAUUUCUAACUAAAACUACUUCUUCCUUUCCUUCUUCAAAAGAUAGGAGAAAUGACAAGCUAAGAGAAGUAUUGGUACAAGUAUCGGUAAUGCUAGCCUGUAGUGGGAUUGCUUCCUUCGAAUAAGAAUAAGGGAUGCGGUAUCAACUCUAAUGACUCCUAUCUUUUGAAAACCAACUAACUCCCAAAUUCCUGUUCCUCUUCAUUCUCGUAAAAGAGAGGAUGGAUUGAGAUAAAGUCUAUCUCAUAUAGCUGUCAAAGUAGUACUUGCUAUUUUAGCUUGGGAAAGUGGAUUUCUUUUUGAAAAAUGUUUGUGCUGGAAAAUGACUCAAGCCUAUUUUCCACAGGGAGAAGAGAAGAAAAAGUCUAUCUCCCCUAGUGGGAAAACCACGGAACCCUAUUUUCGCUUGGGCGGCAGGCUCGAUUGACAAAAAAGUGUAUCUCACCUAGUGGCAAAAGUAGUACUUUUGACCUAUCAACUCAGCAACUUCCCUGACUUGACUGGAAUUUACGUAGAUGAGCGAUGCGUUUUAGUAAGAUCUUCUGAGAUGAGAAUCGACUGCUUUCCUGAUGAAGUGAGGGUAUAGGGAAGUAUAUGCACAGCACACAUACAGAGAUCCCUGAAACCAAGUAGAUGACAACAAAAAGAAGUCCCUGAAAGCAAGGAAGACUUAACCUACAUGGCCAACAACACUUCCUCCUGAAUAAAUGUCAGCUCUAACUUCUUCUGAGGGGAGCAAGUGAAAAAGCGCAAGUACAGAUUCGUAGGUUCAGCUUUAAGCAAAGUGCUCUCAUUUAUGUGUUUUGCAUUGUGAAAUGAGUCCUACUUCCCGUUCCUAAUUCCUCUUUUAGAAGAGAUGUAGCUUGCCUUUAGUGGCUGGUUCCAUCAUUUUGGGGCAGCAUAAGAUUUUAAAGAUGGACUCCCUUUUUUUCUCGAAGGUUGAUUCCUUGCGGAGAACGAUAAUAGCCUGCCUCACUCAGAAAUGGAUGGCAUACAUAUAAAGGUGAAGCUUCCUCCGAAAAGAGUUCUUAUCGUGGGUGCGGGUCUGUGUUCCCAUGGUUGCUUGGUUGAAAUAGUCUCUUUGCUUUUCAGCCGGUUCUCAUCUAGCCAGUUCGUUAUUCAUUUCUAUAUGAUCAAUGGAGAAGGUCGGUAUCCUUCUUCCUAGCUUGAUUGGUCGCCCUGAUUUGAUUUCGGUAAGGGAGGCAAGGGAAAGGUUUCUUCCGGGCGGCUUACCACUUGAUUGAUCCAUAUGUUCCAGGAACUUCGGCUUGGCCGGAGGAUCAGAUUUCUUUUGAAAAAACUGAGUCUCAAUGGGAAAAUCGUCCAUUAUCGCUUUUUCCCUCGUACGAGUCAAUUUCAAAUGAAAAACUUGAUGCUCACUAUACGGCAAAUGUUCAUUCUCGCUUUUUCCCUCUAGAGAGUCGAUUGACAAUUCAAAUUCUUUAUCUCGCUAUACGGCGAAAGUCCAUUUUUUUGGCAUGAAAUCAUCCCAUUUCGCUAAUAAAAAAGGCUUGAGGACGAAAAUCCCGGGAUUCCAUACUUGAUUCUUUUCUUCAGACUCUCGUACGAGGGAAAAUCUGGUUGAUAGCGAAAAUCACGGGAAAACGGACUAGGCGGAGGUGGGAACUCUACUUUACUUUAAUGGGAACUCAUUAUAGGAAGGAUUGGUAGGAAGCAAGUCCAUAUUGGUACCAGUCUUGUUGCGAUGAAUGGGAUCAGGAUCAGUCAAGAGAGAGUUCUCUUCUAGCGAGUGCCGGUAGUGAGAAGCCAGCUCUAUCUCAGAAGUGAGCUCCGUAGACACCCGGGGAAUUCUAUUUUUGUUGUGAUAGUGGGAAUAGGCCCUGAUCAAAUAAAUACAUAUAUAGGGGCAGGCCCGAGUCGAUCAAUGAGGAUCAGUAGCGUGUCCAUAAUCCAAGAAUUUUUCUGUGCCAGCUUAGCUUAGAACCCGCAUAAAGAUGAGCCUUAACAGUGUGCUUGCUAUUGAAUAUGGAAAUGAAAUGAACAGUCUCGAGUGUGGGUCGUGAACGAACCCUGUAACGUAUCCAAUCCAAUGACAAAAAAAGAAUAAAUGGGUCUGUGACUACUUGACUUUGUUUCACUUCCAGUUUUGAAUGGAAUCGAUGCCAUCCUGUCCUUUCAAUGCUAUGAGGCUGAUGGUGGGACGAGCACUAGCAAAUGGAGAUUUCUCGGGCCAAUCCAAGAACUGCUUGCUGACUUUGAGUUUCCGAUGAGCAACUCACUCCUAUAAAGAGUUCCCAAUUUCCAUACUUAACUUAACUUAACUUAACUUAUAUAGGCGAUAGCGCACCGAGCGCGGAUCUAUCUUAGGUAGAGGAAUAUGAAAGUCCGGAAUAUGAAUCAUGCCACUGUCUGUCUACGUCUACUAGACCCGCACCUACUAUUCUUGAGUCAAGAGAAACCUUAGAACGGCACUCCAGAAAGAGAGAUACUAAUAGUAAAUAUCCAGAUCCAGAUCUACUUCCGAGCGAGCAAAUAGUCACCAUAAGGUUCCAAUAGAAGAGAUGGCUGAUUUCUUGCAUACCAUAGUAGAUAGCCCGGCACCCCAAAAGAAGGACAGUGGGAUUUGGUAAGAACCAUUAGAUGGCAGUAGGAGUCUUCCACAAUCUUCAAGAUCAGCUAGGCGGCAAGCAAGGAAACUCUAUUCGAAAUUAGAUACCCCGCCUUUCAAGCAAGAAGACUAACCCCUCAACCUAUGCAGAGGAAACUGUCUUGAAAGCAGACUGGCCACCCGAAGUAAGAAACCCCUUGUUUUUGGAUGAUAGGAGAUUUUCCGUUGAUAGCCAGGGAGAAGAGAAGAUCCAUUUCCAUAUGUCAUUGCGAGUCCACUAUGAGAACUAAGAUCGGGAACUACCACUCAAGGUGAGCCCUUAGAAAGCCAGAUUUGUGGAGAACGCGAACAUGCGCGGGAGACUGAACACACCGUUUAUCUCUCUGGCACACCUUUCAAUGAAUUCCGUGCUACCUUACCGUCUCUAGUACGAGAUUCUGGAGCACAUCAUUCUUUCAUGCUAGCCCAGCGGCUAUGCUCAACUUGAUAUCAUUUGAUACCGUCACUCCUACUUGCUGGAAAUACUUGUUCUUGAGUUGGGUCGACACCUAUCUUUCUUUUUUCAUGAAAUAGCUCAGUCCAUGGAAGUGAGUUCUGGCAUGAUUGCUAGCACGAAUGCUUUAGGGAUAAAAGCGCUCUAAGCUCUACUUGAUAGUCUGGGGUAAAGGCAUAGAGAUCACUAGAAGUAAGUUCCGGGCCAACCCUAAAUAGUUCUUCUAUCUGCUUCGAGAAGAGGAGAUGCUUUCAUAAUCAGAAUUAGUAAGGGAAAAUCUGGUAUUCAUCCAUGUACGAGAUGAAGGAACGCAGCACACUUCCUUCUAGGUCGCGGGCCAUAGGCCUUAAGAGAACUAAACUAGUCGAAAUCAUGAAUAGCACAGGCACCCAGAUAUUUUUGGAUUCCUCACAGUGACUCUUUUCUUUCUGGAAUCAUUAAAUAGCUCUGGCAACCCGGGAAGGCCAUCCCAACAAGUGGGAAAACGAACCUUGUAGGUGGGGUUUCAUGGAAACAAAAGGAUUCUAAUCCGUUAUGGAAUAUGCAUCCUGUCCCGUAUUGGAAGUAGAAUGAAGUGAGUGGAAGGGUAUCAUUUCUGUUGGAACAGUAUCUAAUCCAAUGAGGAACUACGCCAUGUGACGAAUAAAAUAACUUUGGAGCUGAGCAAAGCUAAGGAUGAAUGCAAUGCAAUCCUGAAUCCAAUGAGGAACUACGCCAUGUGACGAAUAAAAUAACUUUGGAGUGGAGCUAUUGAUUAUUGAGGGGAGGUGAAUUCCUUCUACCUAUCUGAGGAUUCGGCAUAGACUUUUGAUUGGACUGUACGAAGAUCUGUCUUGUUUCGCGAUGCGAGGAAGAAAGCUGCUCCGCUCUGAGAGGUAGAAGAAUAAUCCGUUCUCGAGUCAGGGAAGCACGGCAUGGACAAGGAAGUCAAAUCCCACGAACUUGGCACUGUAUCUCUACCUAUGUAGAUUUAUUUGGAAUAGUUCGAUAACCAAGGAGCACAUACCCUUGUGGGUGAGAUUGGAACUCAUAUCCUACCACCUCUCUACUCGUAUUAUUGGAUUGGCCUGGGCCUAGAGCUGUAGAAUCAGUAGUAGCCCGUGGGGAAUCAGCGGUAAGCAGAACUUGAUUUGAACGGGGCCCACUAGACUUACUUCUCUAUUUCAUGAUUUCAUGUUAUAGCGCGGGCUUCCAUCCCUUUUGGAAGAACCAACUGGGGACGGAACGUAAAGGCUCACUCAUCUAGAUCCGGCACAUCACAAUCCAUGGCUAGGGCUAGAUGAUCACCGGCAUCAUCAACAAUAACAGCAUGACCCGGCUGGCAUAGGGUUCGGCUUAUCUGUCUUCUAUCGCUCUACGAGAAGGCUCUAUCGCUUCAUCCUUUUCAGGAUCUACCAAUGGCAGUAUUCGGUGAUCUGGCCUGUCCUUUGAGAACAGUGACUGGAAGGAUGUCCUACCGCUUAGGAGUCAAGUAUCGGAUAUCUACUUGGAUGAAAUCCGGUCGGGUAGAAGCAUUUCUUGUGAUAUCGGGAGAAGAGAUGGGCUCAUGCUUUACACUACUUCCCGAGGUCCACUAGAAAGGAUCUUCUUACUAGAAAGGAUCUUUACGACUGUUCCCAUCAACACUUAGAAGAAAACGGAGAACUUUUUUGAUCUCCAAGAACCGGCCCAGUAGCCCCCGAACUAAGGAUCCAUCCAAUACUGCUUACUUCAUAUCUCCUAACCCAAAUGGAUUUUCGACUUCUGCAUUUCAAUGGGAAUUUGGGCAUCAACCGGAUUUUACUUAAGAGAUCGGGACAAAGAGUUCGAAAAAUCGGAGUUUUAAGGAUAGAAAUCAGAAGUAAAAAGUUUUCCAUGGCCCGGCUGAAAAGCGCUUUAGCACCCUUGACUCCGUGGAGAUGCAACCUUUUUUCAAAACAAUUGACCCUCCCAAGGUAGUUGGCUAGUCCUCCAGGCGCCAAUAAAAGAAAAAACAGACCUACCAAGAUCUGGAACUGCAUAUUCAUAAAAAGCGUAUCCCUGAAAAGAACAUAUAUAUCCGCGGGCACUCUACUUAGUUAGCUGAAAAGCGAAUAUGGGAUUUUGCACCAUAAGCAGAUGCUGGUUUUUCAGAUUGGAAAUCUACUCUCCCAAGCUCCACUCGAUCUUUUGCAACUCUUGGUCCCCUUAAAAGUUCUCGGGGGCGCUUAGGCCAGUCAUAAAAAGAGUAAAUAAAUAAAUAUGUCCUGAAAAAUGCCUUGAAAACUCUUCUCUCCUAUCCAAUGAGCUCUAAAAGGACAAGCCUUUUUCUAUAGACGAAUCGGGCCUAGAACUCACUUUUUAUAUCCUACGCUACAUUCAUUAUCCCAAGAGGGGCUGGAAUGGAACGACGGAUAAAGCUUCUAAAAGCGGGCUUCUAGAGCAUGUUCCAUUAUCCAGGUAAGAAAGAAAGACUGUUGCACUCGCUCUUUGAGCUGCCUGCGAUCGACGAGGUUGAUCGGGUGAAAAUGAACCUCAACCUAUAAAAGUGCCGGGACAUUUCUCCAAAUAGAUAUAAAAUAAAAUAAUCUUUUAGUCCCUCAAAGUCAGAGGCCAGUCCCAAAACAUUUCUUGCAGGACCACCUUUCUCCAGGUCUCUUUUUUAUUGACUUUGGCACCCACACGUAUAAUGUGAGGAGAGGAAUCCAAAUUCGAUGCAUAGCUGUCCCUCUCUUCCCCGAAUUCCUCUGGCAGGAUCCCUUACUGGAAGGGGGGUAAAGUAUCUACGCUCUAGUCGUAUGUAUCCUGAGAAGGGAGUGACCUAAAACGGAGGAAUGCUUGUUCGUCUCAUUCGGAUAUGUAUGGCCGGGGUCUGGUAGCUCCCUAUGACUAUUCCUAUUGGGAUGGCAAUCUCAUCUCGAAUCACAUAUCGUGUGUUCGAUGUUCCUUUCGUUCGCAUAUCUUUGAAUCGAAUCAGCUUCUGCGGGCGGGGGAUAACCGAAAUAGAAGUGCUGCCGGGGUGAUUGACCAUUAGGAUCCAGUCCUGUUCCUUAGUUUGGUUUUUCCUACCAAGGAUCCAAUCCAGCUAUGCUAUAAAGUUAUGUUAGUGGCAGAUAUGGAUAGAGUAUGGAUAGAGAAAGUAGCAGCUCGCUUUCUUUCGAAGACGGGGUUGAGAAGAAGGUAAGGCAGCUUCUUCGAUCCAAAUCUUAUGAACAGAUUCAUUCAUUUCAAAUUAAGAAUCAUACGCAACCUCAAAGAAAGAUAGCCCUCCUCUUUACGAGCUUAGUAACGGUAAGUCCGUUCCGUUAAUGGAUGGGCACGAGCGAGGGGCGGUGAUUGGAAUAGUGACUCAUUGGCUAUCAGAUAAGUGAAGCCACCCAAAGCUAUUCUAUUAUCAUAAAUAGAGGUAAGAGCUCCUCAGUUUCGUAUAUAGCCCCCUCCGAUCCAUGGUGGAUUGUCUUGCUUUUCAUCAAAUAAGACCUAGCAGCUUACUUAAAGAAAUGAAAUUCUCGCUGGGCAAAGCUUUUUCUAUUUAUAUAGGCAGCUCCAUUCCUUGAAAGCCAGUCAAUACUAGAGUAGAGCUCAGAAAUCCUUCCUGGGCAGCCUGGUUCCAGCUCCCUUCAUUCCUCUGUGAGAAUAGUUCACGUAUAAUACUUUAGAGCGAGUAACUAGUCUUUCUAUUCGCCUUUCUAUUCUAGUAAUUCUACGUUCCUCAUUCUAUAUACGAUACGUUCCUCAUUCUAAAGCUAAAGUAGUGACUCUAACUAGAAUAUAAAGACUUCACCUUCAACCCAAGCCAAGCUAUGAAAUAGGGAUCAUGGAAAUCGGGCACACCCGAGUAAAUCUAGACUAGAUGAUCUUGCGAGGCGAUGCCAGACCCAGAGUAUAAUGUCUCCGGGACUAGACUGGCUAGAAGGCAGUGCUUAUUAAUAUCGGAGCUGAAGUGCGGAUCAGUCGUGAGAAAAUAAAAUCCUUUGAAUGGAUCAGUGAGUGUAGGAAAGCCGGUUCCGCAGGAUCACUUAUGUUAUGUGAUUUCGUGGGAGAUGCUUCUGAAUCAAAAGAUGCUGUAAAAGCUCAGAAACGAGGCUUCUCAAAUUCUUUUUGGCAUGCCCCCUCUACUUCUACCUGUACCGAUUCAUGGAGUUGACACUAAUCCAUUCUUUCUAUAUUUCUUUCAUUCUCUUUGAUUGGUCAACAAAGAACUUUGACUCGGGCUCUUCCCCUCCCUCUUGGAGGAAUAUAGCCAUCCAUCAAGCCUACCCCAACAUAAACAGGAAUCACCUGAUAAGCUGAGUGAUAAAGCUAUCAAUCUAUCCUUUGACUGGCACUUUAGCAGAAAAUCAUGAAAUAAACCUGGGCCCACUAAAAGUCCUUAUUUAGGGAAUCUUACUUACUUAAGAAAAUAAUCAACUGCCACCACCACAUCAUUAAGGCCUGCGCCUUCAAGCCCAGUGGAAUUCUCGUUCGGAUGCUAUUCUCGCUCAAAGAUCUCAAAAUGUCGUAUCGAAUCGAAAGGAGAGCGUCAAUUCUCUUAUUUCAGCAUCAAUCUGAAAGAGUCUUAGUCCCAUAAGGCCGAAACUUGGAAUUGACUUGAUAGAUCUUCUGCUUGUCUCUCGAGAAACUUUGUAUUGGUCUCCACCUCAGCCCAGUCUAACUCUGCUGAUAGACUGUGUUUAUAUUCUUCUACGAGUAGCCUGCCCAGCAAUGGAAACGUAUGAGCGUUAGUUGGCAAUGGAAAUGGGUGCAAUAAAUCAGGUAUCUAAUCUGGCUAGAGAAAGGCUAACUUCAAAACUCAGGGCUUCUCAUUGAUAGCCAUAGUAAGAGGUUUGUCCUGUUGGUGGUUGAUUCAAAACUACUUCCUCUUGCACAACUAUAAUGGGAACUACUAUAAUGGAAUGGGAGAGGAGAAAAUACUCGAGGAGAGGAAUAUCAACUACGUAAGAAGCUUCCUCAAUAAGAGUGGCUGUGCCAAGAGACCCUUGUUGGAAUUGAUCUACUGCCAAAGUGGAGUGGGAAUAUAUAAGAAAGUCGAAUGGAUCUGUGGAACUCCCCCGAAUAAAGGAAUCAAAGAGUGACUCGCCAGACUGGCGAUCAAAACAGAAAUUAUCCUCCGGUCAUCCACUUUCCAUCGAGGGAGAGUCGACUAGCUUAAAGAAAGGUGCCGGAAGAAAGAAAAAGAUCCUAGUCUCCAUUUCAGAGAGUAUAAGCACAGGAAGAAGGUAUCAGGAAUGCUGGUUCGGCGGAAUAGGGUGAUUGGUAAGGCUUCAUCCCUAAAGUUAUUCAACACGUGGCUACUAAGAUAAUUGGAUUCCUUUUUCUAAAGUUAUGCUCGUAAAGCUGCAAAACUAGUAAACUUAUCGACCUGUCAUCCGUUCUUACCCGAGCUGAGUCUUGACUUCACUAUCUGUGACUUAGCCCCACAUUCUUGUGCCAAAGAAAGACAGAAGGAAAGAAACCUAGACUUGGAAUCCCGGCGCCUUGACUUUAUAUGACAAUUCUAGAUGAACUGGGCUAGCUAACCAGACAAGAAGGAGGUCCCGGGCCUGGACCGGCACGAUUCUAGUAAUUAUACGUUCCUCAUUGGAUCUCGUGGAGUGUACUCUUCCCUUUGUUUAAGAAGAAGUUGGUUUAAAGAGUAAGAAACACUUAUAGACCAUAAAUACUCUUUCUCACAUAAAGAUCCAACUUUUCGGAGCGUAGCUUAAGGCCACACCUGUAGAGCCAUGGCCCUCAAUAAUUCUAUACGCAAACUUAUCCUUGCGGAAUGAGCCAUUCUGGGCAUCAACGAAAGAAUCCAUAAUCAUUGACGAAGAAGACAGCUGUUCAAGCAGUAACUGAGGUGUUGCAUUGAAAUAAAGUAGCAUUGCGAGAUACGAAGAAAGAAGCCGGAAGUCUAUAUGGAAUACGCUCUUUAAGGUCGAUUAAGGCUUGUGUGAAUGUUGAACAUCUGCUACCAAUCAAUCCCAUUCCCAUUCCCAUUCGUAUAUGGUAUAUGACGCCUUCUUAAUUGAAAGCAUCUCCCGUCGAAACCGCUGAAGAAUAGAUAAGAUAGGCCCGCUAGAUUGGCACCCCCGUGGAGUAGGCUAGAGGCUCAUCCGCGAACGUGGAAUCAAGAGGGUUUUUUAUGGAUGUGACAAAUAUAUCUCAAGCUGAGGCCGCUAAGGAAGUGCCAGCACAAUCAUGAACUGCGCCCGUCAGAGCUUCUUCUAGCAACCCAAGAACUCCGGCACGUCUGAGAACCCGUGUAUUCCGCCGUGUAUUCCGUGUUUUCUUCCUGCUUUCUGCUUUCUUGAGGAGAAAAGGGGCUCGUAGAAUUAGAUUCAAAUAGAAUAUGAGUGAAUAUCUUUCGCUGCGCACCAGUUUACGAGCAAGCAUCCUUCGUGGAUCGGGAAAGGGAAUUCGAAGAAAUCGUAUCUUUCAUAAGUCCGAUCUGCUCAAAAAUAGAAAUGAAAUGGUGAACUUGCCUUAGAGAAAGAGGAAUUCUUACUUCCAAUCGGAAUCGUUUUUAGGCAAUACAGGGAACCGUCCCAAAGGGGCUAAAGUAUGUGUGGGUCUCUCUCGUCGAGUAGACCUUUUCUCGCUCUCUUUUUCUUGCAAGAGUUGUACCAGCUUUGAGUGAGGGGUUGGAUCAAAUCAAGAAGCUCAGCAUUGAGGGAUCAAGUCUUGCUUGAAUCGAUUUUCUUUGACUGCCUGAGUGCAUAUCCUCACUCUGUCUCCAGCUUUUCCGAAGGAUUGCUUAUCCCAUGCUUUGAGCGCUAGUUUGGUCUAAAACAGUUUCUUCUUUUUUCAGAAACAUUGGAUUUCCUGUGACCGGGAGCUUUCUUCACUACGGGGUGGGUUUCCACAUGCUCAAUUCAUGGCUUUGGUCCAGAGCUGGCAGCCGGAAUAAGACGAGGAUUGGGGCAUGAUCACUGCAGCCCCGCGUAAGAUAUUCAGCACAGGAAAGGAAGCUUCAUGCUUUUGGAUCCACUCAGGAUUCACUAAGGCUCGCUCUAGUCUGCCGACGAUGCGUCUGGCCCCACCGGAUGGAUUGCUCCAAUAGAGUAAGUGCCCCGAGGAACGAGAUCGGUCAGGUUCGCAUUCUGCAGACAGUCAAGAAAUCCAUGUUUCUGGCACCUUCUACCGGAGAAAUAAGAGAUUCUUGAAUCGAAAUCAAUGAAUCGGAUUUUACCUUUGGGAUGGGAAGUAGAUUGCUGGAGCAAAAACUUCUAGAGUGAAAUGAACAACUAACACCUAGGUUCUUUUACCUUACCUCCUAGGCUGCGCUGCGAAAAGCUUAGAGAAUCAAGAAUCAUCCUCUGAGACUAGUUCUGUACACGCGCUAAAGUGGCGCUUGCUUCAAACUGGGUUGCCAGAGCUGGCACUUAUCGAUAUAGAAACAAGAGCAGGGCUUGAUAUGAUACAAACACAAUCAACUUCCGCAUUCGAGGGCAGAGGUAUCGGCACUUGUGGAGUAAACCUGACUCCGUUCGUGUUAGGACAUCCAUCCUUCCACUCACAGCUAUCAAUCCGGUAUUGGAAGCUAAAAUCCUCUUCUCUUCCACUCCACAUGUCGAGAUUGCAUUGCAGUAAUAAGUUUGUCUAUGAAGAGCUAAUCUAAUUGUAUUAGUUUCUAUAAUGGAUUUCUUAUGUGGAAUACUAAUGGAUAGGGCCUCGUUGCUAAGUGCUACAAGAUCUAGUGCACUGGAACUCGUGGUUAUGGACCCGAAUCCUUUAGUAUGGAACAUUGUCUUUUCCAAGUAAAAACCCCUAGUAUAUGAAAGAAUGAAAAGGUGCUUUCGUUCUUGUGGAAUAAGAAGCCCUCGUACCUUAAUGAAAGGAAAAUAGGAAUUUUUCGUUAGGUAUUUGACCAAAUAGGAUUGUCCAGUUCCUAUAGAACCUAUCACUAAAAUACCCGAUAGGGCUAAGCGGAACGAAAAGGGUUUUCCAUGAGAUGGUAAAUGAAAACGAUUAGCCCCACACGAGGUUUGGGAAUAAGUGAUUGUCUGAUAAUGAGCAAGGAAUAUACGUCUUUCUGCUAAAGAGAAUCUAUUAAACUCAUAAUUCAUUAGAUCCUUGUUAGCAAUGUCAACUAGGUAUCAUAAGUAAAUGGAUCUCGGUUGUUCAAUCCUUUGAUAACCAAGGUCAUUCUUUGCUAAAGAGAAAUGAUCACUAUGGGUCAGACUCAAUAGAAUUGGAUCCAUUCCAAAUAGCGAGAAUUAGGAUUCUUGAUCCCUCUCAAUCUCUCUUUCAAUUCGAGGAUCCGGAGAGGUGUUUUCAUAGUCAUCUCCGAAUAUUUUCGAUUUCAUUUUUCUAUGAUAUGUCUUUCUAUAUGAAAAUUGGUUAUUUACGAUGUACGAUGAUCCCUGUUAAGCAUCCAUGGCUGAAUGGUGAAAGCGCCCAACUCAUAAUUGGUAAAUUUGCGGGUUCAAUUCCUGCUGGAUGCACGCGAACGGGAACCUUUGUCGUACCCCGAUUUGUUGGGGUUGGCACGUACCGACCGACGGGGCCACAGAAGAUGAAGGAGAGUGCCGAGAAGAUUCAACUUAUUCUAGAUUAAAAGCUGCUCAGGACCAGGUACGCCGACCACGAUAUUUGGAGUUUGCAGUAGGUGAUCAUGCUUGACUUCGGCUUGAACCUACAAAGGGUGUGAUGCGUUUUUAAGUGAAGGAUUAGGUAUAGCUGACCGAUACAUCGGACCUUUCUUGGCCCAUAUACCCCUAGCCCUUACUCCCUUGUUUCGGUGGUUGGUCUCUACCUUUUUCUGUCUCUUGGCUAGUUUGUCUUCCUCUUCUUUAUAUUCGAAUAAGUGGGCCAAUCUGGCUUUGAACCGGAUUGCUAGCCUAAAGCUAACAAAGAAUUCCCGCCCCCUUGUAAAUCCAAUCCCGGAACUACAGCUGAAAAGGAUCGUGCAGUGGAUGUGUCGGGUUCGAAACUUGCUCCCCCACGUCCUGAGGACAGAAAUUAUCGCUUAGCGCCCUGGGGAAGACUUCUAGACUGCUGUGGGAGCUCGAAGGAAGCAGAAGCAAAACCUGCUUUCUUUCCAACCUCCAUGGGUUCCUCCCUGUAUGACAUAGUCCAUUGGAUUGGGGCAAUGGUACGCACCUAUGUUUGGUGUCCCCUCUCUCACUUCCUCGUCAGAUCCUGGUCCCAAAGGGCAAUACAUUGAGUCGGAAAGACGGGCUUUCGUAAAUUCCAUUCUGUAGCCGAACUAGCCCCUGGAUCAGCUCUCAUAGUGGGGGAAUCAGAGUCAAGUUAGGCGCAAAAGAGGGGGUUGACAUCAUUCGUCGUGAUUGGAUCAAUCAGACUCCCCCGCAGGAAAUGCCAAGGGGCGCCCUUUCUCAUUAUCAUCUACCGCCCAUUUCUUCAUCAUCUGCUGCUGCCUUAAGUGCGUAAAGUAGGCUCAGCUUCUUUGGUUUCUAAAUAUCUUGUGGUAGCCGAAGGGUCCGCUUGUUAGAUUGAAUUGAAUCUUAUAUAACCUACGUAGCUAAAGAGAAAAUAAUAAUAGUCUAAGUGGACCUCUCAAAGGUAUAAAUAAGUAGACAUUAGUCUUACAGGUUCGGUCUUUUUCUUUUUUUGUUAUGAUGCCCACAUUUCAUACUUCUCAAUUCUUAUUUAUUCAAGGGUUCGUAUGUACUGAGUGACUCUAGGUCUAUUCAGAUGCAGCUUCAAGAGAGCUUUAUUCGGCCUUUGUAUGACCGUCUUCCCUUCCUGUCUAUCUCCCUUCGGUCAGGUAGUUCUGCUUCCGAUGCCGGAGGAGCAGGGUGGGAUAGAAGGGUAGUUUCUGAGUUCGAGAUGUCUGAGCUUGGAGGUUCCGCUUCUCUAAUGUGAUAAUAAAGCAACAAAGCGCUCAUCCCUUGCUUGUUGACCCGAGGGAUCCCUUCGUGACGGCCUCUAGAUUGAACUAGGGCUUUGCUUCGCUCGCCUACAGAUGAUAGUCUUCACAGCCGACAAGCCCAUUCCCAUUCAUUCCUUCACAGCUGAGUUUGUCUUGUGCAGGAGAUGGAAUGUUCACAAAGCACGUGCAUCCGAAGACUCUGAGGUUUGAUUUGAAUAGUAGAAGCUUGUUUCAUAGGAUAGGAUUCUAUUCUAUUUGCUUGCCGGGAAAGGUUUGGGUUGGGAAGCUUAGCAGAGGGAGAGGUAUCAUACAUAGAAGUCUUGAAGAGCAUGGGGCCCCCAAGGUGAAUGUGAAUGGUGACGGGGUGACGGGCAAGCCUGCCGCUGGUUAAGAAGUGGGAAACUAUCCGGAAAGUAGGUAUGCACUCACACAGAAAGAAAGAGUGCCGUAGGAAAUUGGAGCGGGGAUUCUCUAGUAUCAACUAGACCUUUUUCCGUAGUGCCGUUGGCCAGUGUACCAUUGACCACGGGCGAAGCGCCAGGUUAUGGGGAAGUCAGAGUCGAAAAAGCAUAGGCAUUUCCCAUUUCCAUAAGGUCAGAUCUCUAUCCAGUGCCUGCCGUGCCGGGAUUGUCUAGAAAGGAUUAGUAGUGAUUUGACAGUUAUACGAGCAUGAAAACUAAAAGUAUGACUCAAUGAUAUAUAUGUGAGGUUUUCUUUAAUAGAAUGUAAGGCAGCAGAGUCGACGGUGUCACAUUCUAUAUCUGUAUUGAUCGUCCGAUCGCAGCAGACGAAGCAUCAGUGCUGGUCACAAAGAAGUCAGCUCUGUUGAAAGCAUAAGCGCCCAAGGAAUAGGUUGGGUUGUUUUCAAGUUGCCAGAGAUAGAUUUCUUAAAUCAGUUCAAGUGGCUAAGAGGAAGCUCUUUUAUGAAUUGGGACAUCGGCAGGUAUAUAAUACGUGUGGGAAGUCCAGUCCUGGCACUUACACUUAAAUAGGAGCUUGAAAAGAGAUCUAUUCUAUCUGAGAGUUGAGGCUUAUUCUUAAGUAAGUAGUAUCCUCUUAGAACAGGCGGGUCUUUAGUCGCGAAGAGGUCAGGUCGAACAGUGGAAAGUAUUGGAUUUCCAUAUCAAUAAUAUCUCCCAAAAGAAGGAAGUUGUUCGCCAGAGGAAUCAGAGUCUGCGGGGGUUCUUCAUCAGGAGGAAAGUAGAAAGUCGUCUGGCAUAUGACUGUUACGAACUAAAAAGUAGAGAUGAGUCACCGACUCGUGGGACGAUGAACCAAGUCGCCAAUUGGCGAUCUGUUUUCUAGAGAGUAUUCUGUCCUGUGUUGGCUAUCUUCUGGCACUGUCUUUGGUCAGGGAUUUGCCAGGCCGGAAAAAGAAGAAGGCGUUGUUCCGUACAUUCUCUUUAUUCGUUGUCCAUGCUGCGUUCUAUUAUUUAAUACUCAAGUCUGCCUCCAGAUCCAAGGGAAGAAAGAAGUAAUGGCUCUCUAAACUCUGUUUAUAGAUUUAUGGAUCGGUCAGCAUAGCUUUUGGCCUAGAAUUUCAGAGAUGCGAGUGCUUUAGCGCUAGUUCAAUGAGUUUAAAGUUACGAACAAAGAAAGAAGACAUAUUGCCAACUAAGAUGAGUUUAUUUUUUGCUAUUUUAGCUAAGCUAGCGUCAUAUUACUGAAUUCAUAAGGUAGGUUGUCCUGCUUAUUCUUGCAUAUCCCUACCUAGGCAAGGGAAGGAAGAGUGGGUUAGCGGGCUUUCUUCACAUGUUUAUUUUUUUUCCUAAAAGGAAGAGUGGGAAUGCGGGCUGUUUCGAAAGAAACUAUGAAAAAAUAAGAUUUAUCGUCCAAUCGGACAGGGCUCGCGAACCUAGUCUAGUAUAGUGGGAUGAACUCCGCGCCUGCCUGAAAGCAUGAGUGCCGAGCCUGCCGGGGCAUUAUCCAUUUUAAGUUUCCCAUCCUGUUGGCUGCCUUCUUCUUAGCCAACUGAAGAAUCGGUUGAAGUCCAUUGAUUGUGCAAAACGAAACACACUUUCUUCUUUUCCUCGUACCGUCCAUAGAGGGCAAGAGUGAUGCCUAAAAUCACGGGGAAAUGCAGUUUUCGAAAUCCAUAUUGUGGUUUCCAGAGGUCAAAUCUGCUUACGUGAUUCAUGUGAGAACCAAGGCCAGCUCAACCAAAGCGUGCCAUAGACUUCAGUGCUUCUUCAGUGCUUUAAGAGAAUCAAAAGUACGAUUGUAUUUGUGGUCAUUGGACGGAAUAGGCCCGUCACCUUUCGAAUCGAACACAGGAAUCAUCUGAAACAGGCUCAUGAACCCUUGUUUUGGAAGCGGAAUCUAUCAUUCCUACUCUUUUUCUGGUCUCGGGCCAUACCAUAAAUCGUUAGAAAAGACGAUUUCGAUUAGUGAAUGGGCGCGCUCCUGCUGAUCCUGCACUUGAUUGACCUUGCUUCUGGACUUGAUGGAAGGAGAGAAGUCAACCUUUCCUGUACCCACGGAUGAUAUCCUGAAUGCAAAUCUAUGGAUGUAUGAAACCACGAGAGGGAACUGUCUACUAGACCCGCACCAAAACAGAGCUAGCCUUGGGAAUGGAUGAGAUGAGUUCUAGUCCGUAUUUUAGGAAGGCCAGUGCUUGAAAUGAUGUUUUCUAGCUGGAAAGCAGUUGCGCUAACGCUUUCCUCUUACUCACUAUCGCGAGUCUAGCACAUCCUAAGUUUUCUUGCUUGGUUCAGCAUCCAAUUAGGGAAGAACCCCGCCCCGAAAUGAGUUUGUUUCUAUGGCAGAAAUGAGCUUAGCUUCCUUUCUGGAGUGAAGUGGAAGCAUGAGUGCUUACACGAACGGAGGAAAGCGAAUUACUUACUUGCUUGGGGCUCGGUGGAAAGCUAUUCCACUGGCCGGAUAAAUAGUGGCUAUCCCGGCACCUUGACUUGAAUUGAGUUGACUGCUUCUUAGCAUUGACCUCUUAGCCGAGUUCUGUCACAAUCGCCGGCUAGGCUGCUUACUCGAAAGGGACUGACAACUCUUUGAGGCCGGUGUGAAUCUACCCAUUUCUUAUCCAUUGGCCAGGUCCCUGUUCUGUCUUUCGUAUUCUACUCGCAUUGAGUGAACUGACACAUUGAUUGGUAUUGGUACCAGAUGUGAAUGAAUGAGAUCAUUUCUGUUUGUCGGGAUGGGAUGGGAGCUGAUAUCGGUCCUUUGGACCUUGAUAGGUGGAAGGGGAGUUCAUGAAGUCGGAAGUUUGAUACAGCCUAAGAUUGGAUCUCUUGAUAUCUGACCUUGUUUCCAAUUCGGCUGCCAGCAGAUCAGAAAAAGUGUGUCCAGCAUUCAAGUAGGCAACCCUAUUAUUCCAAGCGUGGGCCGGGGCAAUCAUUCCUUGCUGCUAGAGACUAGAGAACAGACAAGAGAUUUGAACCGAGGCUGCAAUCAAUCAACGGCUUUCCUCCCUUCUUCGUGUAGUGUAGAUUGGCAGUACGGGAGACUGUUCUUCUUUUGUUAUUGGAGUCGAGGUACCCACCACCGGGAAAAGGAAAUCGGCCUUCAUUCGUUUUUCUUCGUCGUAGUCGUUUUCGUCCUCGGCUAAGGUAUCAUCAGAUAUAGAAGAAGCAGAGAGUGGGGUAAUAGCAAAAAAGGAAUAUAACUCGUCCGAGGAAGUGGGCUGUGGCAAGGUCUCUUUCGUAGAGAGGGUAAGUUCUUGCACCAGCAUAAGCUUUUCUUGCACCUUCUUUAGCAUAGGGUUGGGUUGGAGGUGAAGUUAUGGCUCAGCUUUCUUGAUCUGCUUUCUUGAGUGACAGUAGUUGUUUCUUUUCGAAUAGGAAGUCACUCGGAUUCGGAUAAAGGAGAAGGACCACGAUCAGAAAGAAAAGGGGAAUGCCGAACUGGAUACUCUGCUUAAAGGAAUAAGCCUCCCUUGGAUAGAUCGAAGAAAGAAGCACUGUGCGUUACCAGGUGUAGUGGAGAAAGCAAGGGCAAAGGUUUCAUCAGAAAGAGAUGCUCGAGCGAUACCAGGAUCACGAUACGAUUAAUCUGAUGGCGCAGCACGAACAGGAAAUAGAUAACCGCAAGGAAAGGGAACAGUUUAGUCCCUCCGAUCCGUCAAUCAACGAUAGGGUUACCCAGAAUUCUAAUUAAUAGGAAGGUUGGACUACCUCGAAUGGCAACAUGCUCGCUGAUUCCUACCACUCCUAUCUACAUAACUGCUCCAGAGAAGGGAAGGCAGAUGUCGAACCAGCGAUUGAGUGUACUAGUUCAUUUAAUGAUUGCAAAGCGGAGGCUAAGGACAUAACGAACAGUGCGCAAAGAAGAAAGCAUGGGCAUGGAUACGAGACCAGAAGGAAAGAACGAUCACCGUAAUGCGAUUAACCAGAGUAGCCGCCAGGGUGCAGUGCACCCUACGCUUUGAAUUCUUCUUGGCAGCUCAAGACCUUUCUUGUUCGUUCCUUGCUCCCAGCAAAAGAAGCAGCUUCUUAAGUGGAUUUAUCCGGGACUGAUACUCUUUUCCGAACUAAUAACCAAUGAUUUCCAUUUUGACCAAUGGAUACAGCUCAUGGUAAGACAACAUAUGGCUUCUUCCUUGAGGGAAUGUUCUAGCCGCCUCCUUCCGCCGUGCUUCCUCCGAUCAAACAGCUACCUAGGCUUCCUCGCAUACUCGGCUUUAUCUAGUUUAGGAUUGACUAUUCUCUGGUGGAUUAUCUGGUGUCAUAGUAGGAAUCACCCCUUUCUUCUCAGAUGGUCCAGUAUAUUGGUCAAGGCAGCUUGCUCCAAUCAUGCUUUGUUUAUUGAAUGAAGAGUUCACUCGUAGAAAUGUCCGUUCUUUCCUUUGAGCAUAUCCGUUUGAUUGCUCGUAGCGCUAACUAGCAUAGCAUCCGUUUUCUUGCUUGGUUUCUUUAGUAUCACAAGCCACGGAUUGAGCAACUAGCGCGGUCGGGUAGCUGCUUUCCUCUUUUCCAACCUCUUACCAACUCGGGAUGGCCUCCUCUCGGUCAAGGAUCCGACCUUCCCCUCGCUCCGGGGUUCUAUACUUUCGAUGCUUCUCUCGAUAGCUAUCCCCUGUUUAGUUUCUCGGCUUCCUAUCUCUUAGGAAAGACUAGCUGGAUCAGGUUAAGGGAAGGAAGUACGGGUCAAGUAAAGAAAUACAACUGUUAUCCACGAACAACCUUUUCUCAUAUGAAUACCGUGCGCCAGUAAGUAGUCCAUCAAAGCUAACCCGGGUUAACUACUCUCUAGGAAGCUUCCCCGUCCUAAUCUAAGGAAUGAAUGAGGGAAAGUCUUGUCUCUUCUUUUCCGACACCCACUUCUGGAUUGCCAAUUCUCAGAUUUCUCGGUUCCUUCUUUGGCUCGCCUUGACGGAUUACUUCGAUUACUACCGGACUUCCAGAUUAGCUGCUUUUUACGCUUCACGCCUUUCCCUGCUGGGGUGGUGUCUUUCGUAGUCAGAAGCCUUGUUUGGCCAUCAGGCAUUAUGUAGUUGGCACGGGAUGCGUACUCCUCUCCUCCUAAGAAGCAAGGCAAGGGAUUUUUCGCAAACUAGCGCGUUGUCGACGAUGAAAAGAAUGCGAACCGAAGACCCCUUCCUCUCGAAGUGCGGUGCGUGCCAUCGUAAGUGUGACCCUCCAUCUCAUAUUUAUUCAUUCAGCAGAAACAUAAAUCUACUCGAGGAAUCACUCCUUUCUUCUUCAUUAUAUAUAAUCUAAGGUGAUAAAGAGUAGGAUUUGGAAAUUCCUGAUCCCGCCAAAGCAAAGUCCGUCCCUCCUUCCUGACGAAUGCUUAUUUGCCAUCUAAUUUCCCAGAAGAGCAGAAGUAUAUCUGGGGAUCGUCCACAUUGAGGACUUGCCAUUUGCAUCUUUCAUCUCAAUGAAAUAGUAUUUUAUCACGUUGAGGAUUUCCCCGGUAGUUGUUUUGGUCUAAUCUUGAUUACUAAUCAUCUGGCUUAGCUCGACCUACCAAUUUAACUUAUCCUAGGGACUCGUUCGUUCACCGUGGACUAUACUCUACUAAACUCAGAGUCGAGGUCUCUUCUUCUGGAAUUGAUCCUUUUCUGAGUUCGCUUAUCAACUUAUCUUUCCUAUCGUCGUACUGGUUAAGGGUAGAAAUCCAAGGAUAAAGGAGAGGAAAAAGCGUUCAUUCUGCCCAAUGCCUUGAACCCGUUCGGUCUCCCUUAAUUGUGAUUGAAAUGACGAUGGCAACAGGUUUCGCUUCUGCAGCGGGCAUAUUAUAAGCAUCAGCCAUAAAAUCUAGAGAUCGCAAUGCGUUACCCACUUUUGGAUCCGUAAAACGGAGAACAUCAGUCCAUAGAGGGACUUUCCUGAAUUAGUGAUACGAAAAAGUAAACGAAUAAAUGUGGGAAAAGUUGGGGACAGAAAAAGUUCCGUAAUCGUCCUAUUUUUUCGUCCUUGUGGAAGCGAGAAAUGCGUAACGACUUGAUUUUUAGAUAGAGGAUAUUGGAAAGAAGUGCGUAGGUAGGCCUCAACGUGUUCAUUGAGUAGCUUGAGGAAGUUUGCCAUUGUGAGACGGUUAAGGCCACCCCUAAACUCCUGGACCAGUCUACCAGUGCUAAUACUUUUCCCCCACAUCUUUAAAGGAAUCCUAACUUUGAUGCCCCCACUAUCUGUAAAAGAGACAAGCAACCCUGUCCCACCAAGAAAAAUGAGAAGUUUCUCAGAGGUAAUCUCCUCCCAGCAGGUCUAACUUAUCGCAAUAAUUUUUGAGUCGCAUUAAAGAAAUUUGGAAUUCGUGGAAUGCCUAACAAGAUGGUGAUCCACAGUAAGAAGAUAGUAUGUAACUAGAGGGCGAGAGUUGUAAGCCAAUAGGGGGAAGUAGAAUGCUCAGGUGGGAGGAAUCCAAGCCUAAGCACCGGAUAACUCGUACAGAAGGAUAGAGGAAGAGAACCGGGUGGCUUGACACCUGGUGAUGUUAGAAAGAAGACAAGUGCUUAUGCUUAUAAGGAACCCCAAGGUUAGCUUAUAGCUCUUGAGUCUUAUCUUAUCCCUCCUUCAUCCCUAUUGCUUCAUGCUAUGCUUGUACGACUUCUUACUGAUUCCUAUCUUCUCGGCGUUGGCUUGUACUUCUGCUUAUAGGGUACCUGCGUUCUUCAUCAAUACUGAAAGCGGAUGGACUGUUGGCCAAGCUAAGGCAAAGCCGAAUCUCAACUAAAUCUGACUUAUUUUCACAGAGGAAGAAGCUUCUUUUUAGCCUAGUGCUUAGAACGAAAGCCAUUGCAAAGAAGCGAAGGGCGCUAAGCGGGGAUGGUCAAAAAGUAGAAACUUAUACUUUCUGGUAAACAACUGGUUAGAAAACCGUAUCCCUGCCCCAUUAAGCGUGCUUGGGAAAGACUCCAGCUUUAUGAAAGAGGUAGGCCCCCGUAACCAAUUUGAAAGGGACACUGGCCUACUAGGAAUUUGCAAAUAGAAAGCCAGGACAUGAAAGUAAGACAGAUAGGAAAGGGGAUACCUAACCCCCCACCCAGGAAAAAAACUAUGUGUGGUCAUACUCUCUGCCACAACUUUACUUUACUUUUGCCCCUUUCCGCCCUAUGGUUCUUGCUAUUUGUGGGUCCUUUCCAAAGGGUUUCAAGUGAGAUAACUAGUAGUGUAGUGCAAAUAGUGGGCUCGUAGCAGGCUGUCUUAGGGAGUUUGACAAGAUCCCAAGUUUGAUUCUUUUCAAGUGCUCUUAGCUCCUCCAACAUGGCCUCUUGCGGCUCCUACGAGCUUAGCUUACUAUCAAACAAACUUAUAUCCUGCUUUUCAUCUGUAGGUUUUCCCCCAUUCAUAGGUCAUCUACUUCGGCUUUUCCUUCUUCAUCUUGUUGUUGAAGAAUAUCGUCUCCAUCCAUUUAGGGAAUUCAUACAUCUGGACUCGUUGCCCAUUCAUUUCACUUCUGCUCGCAGCACUUCCGUACGGGCCAGCAGUGCCUAAGUCAAAGCCUUUGAUUCUUCUCCCUUAGUGAAAGUGGGGCAAGAUUAGACCUAUGAUGAGACUACCUAUUAGUGUGUUGCUUUGGUGCAAGAGGUGAUCCUAUUUUAUCAUUCGUUGAGGAGAAGAAAACUGCGAAGGAAGUGAUAGAUCAUGGCACCGGGGAUGAUGCGAUUCAAAUAUUAGGGAGGCCACAUCCAGUACCACACAUUUUCUUCCGUGGAUAAGAAAGCCUAUUAUAUUAUAUUAAGUAAGGGCCUAUGGCUUGGGCUACUGUGACAUCUGUUUAGUCAUAACUGCUUUUAUAAUUAAUAAAGGCACUGCGGCAUCUGUAAUGGACUACCUUCCGCUACUGUUUAGUCUGUUCUCUUUAACUGUCCCUUUAUUGUUUAUAGGACUCGUAUUGAAGUCUUGGAGUUUUAUUUUACUUGAUCUUUCUCACCCACUAGACUCUUUCAAUAUCAUAUAGAAAGGAUGAAUUAAAUAUCAUUAAUCAAGGCGCGUAGCGAUUAAGGUGAAUCAAAUCCUCACUCUGUCCUUGUGUUCAUGAUAGCCCUAGGCAGCAUAGUUGGUGUCCUGUAGGAAUGGUUGUAGAAGGUAGGCAGUCCCAAUCCUAGCCCAUUGCUUUUACUUAGUCCAUACACUCCAUGGCUUACAUGACAUAUCGGACAUACUACAGCAUGAGGCAUACUGGACAGACUGCAUAGGCUUAAGUAGUAGACUCAUGGCUUACAUACUGGACAGACUGACUCCUGUAAUGCUUAUUGCCAAUCUAGCUAAUGGGCUGACUUCAUUGGCUUGCUCUCCUCACCUAUGGAUUCGUAUUGAAGUCUUGGAUGAUGUAGUUUAUCAAUCUUAGAGCAUGGUUCGUACCAUACCUGUAGUGCCGUUCCUUGUGGUUCUUCUCCUGUGGUUGCUUUAACGAGCUGGAAGCGCCCUUCGACCGGCCCAGCGUUGCCGAAGAGGAUUCGAAGACAAAUGGCAAUGAAAGGUUGUGGGAAGAGCUUAUUUGAAUGAAAAGAGCAGAAAGAAGCAAGUCGGGGUGAAGAAGACGUACGGUGAGACAAAUACUGACUUGUAAUCGCUGAGUCUACUGACUUGUAUUCGCGGAGUCUAUAGUAUGCUCUUUUCUCUCUUUCUUGCAACUUCGUUCUUUUCUUUUUUGCAUCCUUUUCUCAAUGUCUUAUUUGAUCUCUUCCACCUUGCCUAUGCCUAUCGGGUAUCCUGCCCCGGUGUAUGUACCAUAAUGGAUUUUAGCAUAAGAACAGUGCUCUUCCUCGUUGGCUCGGUCCCCCCUCUCUCGUUGUCAGUUUGUCCACUAAUUCUUCUUACCAAGGCACAAAUCUGCUGCAUCUAUUUCAAGAGUUGCACCUCACUCGUCACCACGCCAUAUUGGCUUUUCUCUUUCCACUGCCUCAGCCACCACUCCUUAGCUGCAUAAUCCUUGACGAGAUCGUAAUGUUUAAUUAGUUCCAGCCACGCUGUGUCAGAUUUCAUUCCUGAUGCAUUUUUCUUUUAUUGUCUGGUGAUUUUGAAAAGUCGGCACCCACAGAUCUUCAGUGCGAAUAUUAGAGCAGACAACUCAAAAUCGUGCGUAGGAUAGUUAUGCUAGUGGGCAACUGGCCUUUCCCAUAGGCUAUGACACAGCAUAAGAAGAAAGCUUCGCUCAGCCUAAGUCAAUAGGGUAUGAUCCGUCUCUGGCACGGGCAUGGCUAGAAUGGGCACGAACUGGUCAUUGUCAUAGGGAUGCUAGCCAUGGUGUAGUAGCAUGAUUAUAAUAGGGUUGAGGUCAAACUUUCUAUUUGAAUAGGGACCAGUUAAUAUAUACAUUUUGAAACUAGAAGGUGUUUCCUUAGCUUCAAAGUCUGGGUCGAAUAAAGAGAAACUCCACUGGUAAUGUGAAAAGAGCCCUACCCGCCUUCAUAGAAGAUAAGACGGAACAAACUUCUUCUUUGAAACUAGGCUAAGGCUUGUAUUCUUUAAAGUAUUUGUUUUCAUUCUUUACCUUUCUUGCAGCUUUGGAAAGAGUUAUCCAGCAAAAUGAGAUUCAAGUCCCUUGCCCUGGUACUUUCCUUAUGAUAGAUGGUAGUUCGGUCGUUUAUUCGCCCUCUCCCUAGUUUCAGUGAAGAAUUGCUUGCUCUACCUACUACAAGAAGAACCUAUCGUAGCAUACUAUGGAAAAUUGAAGGGUGUGCGGACUUAAUGACAAAGAUUAAGGCCAGUACCUGUGUGUACUUGUGGUGUGGUAUAGUAAGUGGUAAAAGGCAGGCUACUAAAGCGUCCGAUGUGUGCACCUUUUUCACUGCUUCUACUAAGCCUUUUUGCAUGGAUUACGAACAAGACCCUCCUUCAUCCCUAUUGCUUCAUGCUAUGCUCUAAAAAAGCAUUACCAUUCAUCCUCUCAUUUUCCAUAAGAGCAAAAGCAAGCUCAAAAUCCAGAAACUGCGUUCGCAGCGGAACGGAAAGAAGACCCUUCCAUUUUACUUUGAGGUGAAAUGCAGAGAGUACACCAAUUAAUGUCUGCGAGUUAGGCACCAAGAGCAAUAAGAAAGCGUUGGAAAUGUUGGCUAAUGGAUGCAAAUCUCAUCCUUUGUCUUUGAGUUUAUCUCUACCGCUGACGUCCACAACACUGCCUGGAUUGAGACUCAUUAUCUCCUCCUGCCCCUACUUCUAUGAGAGAAUCAUCCCACUUUAAGCCAUAUAUCCCCCACAUUGCUAAUUAGUUUCCUUGCCAAAGUUUUUAUUUCGGUAUGUUAUUUGAAUACCGAACUUCUGUUCAAGCUAUUUUUUAAUAACCUUCACUGCAACAGGAUAGAUCCCUUUCACUUGAGAUUCUUAUUAAUUAUAGAGCUAUCCAACCUUUUCUUCCUUCUUUCCACAUCAAAUCCACAGCACGCAUGCUCAGGUUGAAAAGUCUUAAGUUAGACCAUCUUCGCCAACUUAUGCAUGGAUCCAAAAACGAUAUUCCUGCUUGACACACUUUGCCUUUACCCAGGAUCACUCUUCUUCGGAAAAGCAUACUCCAUCUACUUUUUAAUAGCUCCACUAAAUGCUAUUGCGUGAGGGUACUGUGCACCUACUUACAUCUUAGCCUUGUACUGCGCCGGGUGCUUUGCUCACUAUGAAAGCUGGUAAUAAGAUUCGAUAUAAGGAAUGACUCAGCUACGCUUCCUUCUUCCGCACCAGUAGCUUCUAAGUCCAAAUAAGGUUAUUUCCUGGUCAAUCGAUCACAUGAUGACUUCUUCAAUAACUCUUUGACCCUAACUAUGUAUGCAUCUGCUUUGCCAAUAAUGAGAUUUCCAAGCAUUCCAGGCUUUGACACCACCUUUUUCUAGGCCAUGUCAGAGCUAAAAAGAAGUUGUUAAUUGAUAAAUAAAAGCAAAGAGAUUUGAGCCAUAUGCAUAAAGCUUAAACUUACUUAUUGGCAUACGAGCAGAAGCACAGGAAAUGAUGAGAGGCGCGCAGCGAUUGAUUACUAGCAUAUUCAAUUAGACAGGUUUCUUUUCAAUCAACACAAGCAGCAGGCGUAGCUUUUCAUUCACUCGCUCUAAGCACGGGAAUAGAAUAAAGGUAUGGGUCCCCCACCUUACCAUCCGUUCUGUCAGACCAAUUGCUAAAGAGUUUUAUUCGAUUUGAGACAAUCAGGAGAUGGGCCUUUCUCAAAUUGAACAGCCGGCCGCUACUAAGCUAUACUAUAUAUAGGCUCUAAAGGUCUUACUUUAAGAGUACUCCUAUUAUGUAUGGGUGGAUCCGCUCUACGUAAUGAAGCCAGCCUAAUUGGAUAGCAGCAGGACUUGCGAAGUACCCAGGCAGGAUAGUAAGCUACUCAUAAGGUUUUAGGGAAUGGCGUUUGGACUCCAAGUCUAUGCCUCCAACCAUGUUACAAGUGCCCAAGUCUAAGUUCUUCCAAGAGUUCAGACAGGGGAUAGGGUAUUUACCGGUAAGCUCUUUCUCAAUGCAUAUUUUAAAAUCGAUGGGGGUGGGUCGGAUUUGAAAAGAAAGGACCCCUAUUACGGAAGUAGCUCAGUCAGUCAGCUAUCUUGAACGUUCUUUGCAAGCACUAUUGAGCACUAAGCAACUCUUGCUGUCCCUAAAGGGCCCUUCUACCUUUUCAGAGAUAGCUGGUACAUGACAUCCAUUAUAUGCUAUUUUGGAAGUGAGAGAAUGCACAACAUACUGACAGAUAGGCCAAAGGCUCCCUUGGCUCCAAAAAGGAAGGACGGUGCCCUCUUUCUCGCUACAUCGGUUUUCGUUUGGUUUAUGCUUGCUUUCGUACUGUGUGUGAUCUUUCCGACCUCUUCUCUUCCUUUCUUUUUGGCGAAGCGAAGAGAAAAAACGGGACCAUGAGCACAGGAGCCGCAGGCGAGGGUACAUGGACCGCAUACAGGGUAGUUCCCCGCACUUGAAGCAUAGCCCACGAGCACGGCGAUAAGUUCGUUUGGUAAACAAACGGCUCUGCCCUAGCUUCUACUUCCUAGUUUAGUUGAUAUCUAGGUUCCAGUGUAGUAAGUCUUCCAAAUGUAUAAACACUUUUCUGGUGUGGUUGAACCUAUGAUUAUGAUCGGUUGGGCGAUCCGCCUAUAGCCAGCCUUGGUCCAGGGCGAGCAUUCACAAAGGUUUUUCUUCUAAAGGAAAGAGGGCUAAGAAGUUCCAGGUGAGCGAUCUACUCAUCUUCCUGCUAAAGGCAAUCUCUAUUACCGGAACGUUUUUUCUUAUUCUUUACCCAGGCAGGCCUAUCUCAGUUCCGUUAGUAGUUAAAGAAUAUAAGGUACCAUGAUGUAUUAUUAGUUGGAACCAAGCAUUAUAGAAAGUACUAGUUAUUACAAGCCUAGGUAGAGUGCUUUUAUCCAGCCAGGUGAAGCUCCACUCAACAGCUUCCAUCCGCUGGGCUCUUCUUUACAGUACAGGCCAUCAACAAGUAGAGGAAGGUCGAUUGGAUCAUGUCCGAAUCCCAUUGCAGAAGAGUGAAAAGCAGAUUUAUGUAUACAUACCAUAUGACUGAACAACUCUUUUGACUGCAGACCCGUAGGAGGAAGGUGGAGUUAGUUAGAUGAAUUGCACCCGACAUGGCUCGAUGCGUCGCAGCACGCCAUCCGUGGAAGAACACACAUGAAUAGAAUAGGCCUCCAUACUUGCCCAGCCCACAGCAAGCAUCAGUGGUGGUCACAAAACCUGCACAUUGUAAUUCGAUCAUAAUGUGAGUGCUUCCCCAGAGGCAGAAGCUGAGUCUACAAAAAGGUGGGAGCAUAAAAUGUAGGUGAGUCAAUUGCGUGUGGCCUUCAAGUAUUUCGUAUUGUAACAAUAUUCAAUCGGCAUCCAAACAAAGGUGCAUGUACGGUUCCUAAGGGAUACAAUUUUGUCCUAAUCAACCAAACAAGCAACGGAUUGAGCAACUAGCGCUAGGCGCAUCCGUUUUCUUGCUUCAUCGAGAAAGAUUAAAUAAGUUGAUAGCGCGAUCUCGUACUAACACAUACUCUCUAAAUAUUGAAGAACUUGCAUGCGGCCACAACCGCGGUAUGAGUUCUGAUCUCAGACUUUGUUUGGGGGCUGCUUGCCCCUUCGCGUCGACAAGGAAACUGUGGACGACAAUGGGUUUAGAAUUAGAAUAGAACGAGGACCCUAUCGAACAAAUAGAGGAAAGGGCAGAAAGGGGCAAAAGUAAAGUCUAAGCGACAUAUGGCACGAAAAGGAAAUCCAAUUUCGGUAAGACUUGAUCUGAAUCGUAGUUCAGAUCCAAGUCGGUUCAGUGAGGGCGACCGCGAAAGUCACCGAAUGGGUUCGGUCCGUCUUUUCCUGAUCUUUGUUUGUCCCCCCAAAGGCGUGAGAGGACGUUGCAGAUGUCCGGGACGGACACGACUUCUUCUAACGCUAGAAGACCACAGGAAGAAACCCGGGACCAGAGCAUGUCGUGAAAGACGCACACGGGGCGGGCGUGCUUCGGAUCAAUGUCCCCAGAAGCAAGGAGUAUGCCUGCGUGUUUCGACGAGAACACCGAAAAAACCUAAUUCAGCUCUACGUAAGAUAGCAAAAGUACGGUUGAGCAAUCGACAUGAUAUAUUUGCUCACAUUCCAGGCGAAGGUCAUAAUUCGCAGGAACAUUCUAUAGUCUUAGUCAGAGGGGGUAGAGUGAAAGAUUCGCCAGGGAAGAGGCUCUGAAAAUGGAAUUGAAAAAUGACUGCUCUACUCUACAAAAUGGCAAUACUUUCCGUGGAUAUCUGAACGAGUUACAAAAGUACUACAGAGGAAGAUCCAGAUCUUACCGUUUGUAUGAACGACAAAUCACUGCUGUACAGGAGUUCAAGGAACCAUACCCGACACCUGCUAGCACUGAGACGCUUAGUAUAGCCUAUAUGGAGCUCAUGAAUAUGCAUGCCUAUCCGCAAAUCCAGGGUGGGGCCAAGUUCACCCUUCAACUUAGAUUAAAAACAGACGACGAUAUAGCUAAUAUUACCAUAACCACAGCCAUUAGGCUUACAUAUGCGGACGGUACGCUAAUUCCUAAGGAGUUCAUUUUCCAGGAAAUCUAUAAAGCAGUCAAGGUGUUUGCAGAAAACUACGGCGAUUCUGAGGUCCUGGCUAUCAUGAUAAGUUGUUAUACCGAUGGGUGUUUAGAUGUAGUACGACUUCCUACUAAAGAAGAAUCUGAUAAUUCUUUAAAGAAUGUUUUCUAUAAGUAUUGCGAAAUCACUAAUUUUAAAAAACCUAUGACGCCCAAAAACCAGCAUAAAGUAGCUCGCUAUAAUUGCUAUAUAACAAAAGAAAAUCAAGUGAUAAAGAACAAAACGAAAUUCAUAGUGGCCGAUCUAGAAACGAUUCCCUAUAAAUUAGGAGAAAACGACGAAUACAAUACACACGUCCCCUACGCAGGGGGGUAUAUGACGAUUGAUACGGAUAAGGGAUUAGAUGAAAAUAAAAUUAUAAUGUUCUAUGCUGAUGACUACAAAAUACUAUACGAAGAUUUUAAGUCAAUGAGUACAAAGAUGCUCACAGUUAUGAUGAACAGGUUGAUCAAAGAAGCCAGAUCAGCAAGAACAUGUUUGGUAGUAUACUUUCAUAAUUUAGGUCAGUUCGAUGGUCUUUUUAUACUAAGGCAUUUAACAAUGGAACACAGGGGUUUGGUAGUAGAACCCUUGGUUCGAAACCGUAUUAUUUACAAGAUAAGUGUCUAUACAGUAUCCCCCAAGGGCAGGCGAAAGAACAUAUUGUCGUUCCAAGACUCAUACCACCUUUUUAAAGGUAAAUUAGAAGAACUAGCCCGUUGUUUUUGUCCUAAACUAAACGGUAAGGGUGUUAUCAACCACGACAGUGUUUCGCUCGACAAUCUGGGGAUAUAUAAGGACGAUUACUUAUCUUACCUAAAACAAGAUAUUAUGCUACUAGGCGCUGUUAUGCUCGAAGCAAAAGCUAUCUAUUAUGAUUUGUAUCAGGUCGACAUACUUAAUCGAUUAACAAUAUCUUCACUGGCCCUCUCCAUCUUUAGGCGUAAAUACAUAAACGAUAGUGAAAAGAAUAGGAUCUACAUCCUAAACGACAAUGAAGAACAAUUCAUUAGGAGUGGAUACUACGGCGGUCAUACAGAUGUAUAUCUACCUACGGGGGAACAUUUGAAGUAUUACGAUGUGAAUUCUCUAUACCCCUAUUCUAUGUUAUCAGAGAUGCCAGCGGGCAAGCCUAGAUGGAAAAAUAAUCUUGGGUUAAAGAAAACCAAGAUUGAGCUGAAGGAUAUGUUUGGUUUCAUUAAAGCGUUCAUAAUAUGCCCUGCUGACAUGCACAAGCCAUUUCUACCUUAUAAACAGAGUGACGGUACGCUCAUAUUUCCAACUGGUAGGUUUAUAGGUGUCUAUUUUUCUGAGGAGCUAAAGUAUGCUGUAAGUAUCGGUUACAAGGUCUACCCAAUCUGCGGCUAUCUGUUUGACAGAAUGGAAUCACCAUUCAAGGAUUUUGUGAAUGAUAUCUACCGAAGAAGGCUUGAAGCAAAGGCUAGAGGGGAGAAAGCUUUAGAUUUUAUUCACAAGACCACUAUGAAUAGUCUCUACGGCAGGUUUGGUAUUAACCCUGAAAGCACUACCACCUUAAUUCUUAAUAAAGAAGAAGCACUCAAAUUCCCUAUGGAGCAUGAAGGAUUUAUGCAUAGCGAAGAACUAUGUGCUGAUAGGUUCCUCAUAACCUACAAAAAUAAAAGAAGUGCUGAAUUACAGCGAAAACGCGAAAAACCCCCGGCUAAUGCAGCAGUGCAAAUCUCAGCAGCCGUCACAGCCUAUGCGAGGAUACAUAUGUAUCCAUAUAUAGCAAGGGAGGAUUGCUACUAUACUGAUACGGAUUCUAUUGUUGUUAAGCACCCUCUUCCCGCUGAUGAAGUAUCUGCGACCAAAUUAGGUGCUUUCAAGCUAGAACACGAUGUUACUAAAGGGGUCUUCCUAGCUCCCAAGUCCUACAUGUUACAGACGGUAAGAGAUGAGCAGAUCGUGAAGCAUAAAGGUGCUGGAAAAAUAAUGGCUAAUGAGAAGUGGUUCAUAAACCAGCUAGAUGACCCUCAUCUCAAGCAUACUUUCGAAUACGAACUAAAGUUCAGUAGGAACUGGCAUAAGCUGCUGGUGGAAAAGAAAACAGCGCGUAUCACUAUGGGUAUAGAAAGUAAGAAGCGAGACUUCGUUUUUGACCGGUAUGGUAAAUGGGUUGGAACUAAACCUAUUCAUGUAGGAGAUGGGGAUGUUAAUAGUUUGAAUCCCACAUCCUAUAAGCUAAUUAAGAGCUUGCUGGAGCAGAAUGAGGAUCUCCGAGUAGAACUCGCUAAAUCUGAACAGAUGAAAUCUGGUACACAGAAUAUCAAAGAUUCUAGUAAGAAGAAAGCUUCUAAGAAGAAGUCUGACAACCCUGAUAAGAAAGCUGAAUAAAUAGAUAGAUAAGAUAACCCGCAAGAUCAAUCAAAACAAAAUCCAGUAAGAAAAGCUGGAGAUCUAUCCACCAUCGAGGGUACACUCCUGCGGUACAACCCUAACCACAUCUACCAUCACUAGGCCUCCCCCUACCCAUCAUUUUGAUUUCUACAGUCCUAUAGUUGGGUAUAAGUUCAGAGGGCUGAAGCGAAGAGCUAAUCUCCUUGCUGGUGAAGAGUAGCGAGUUGGAAAAAAGAUCGAUCGCCCCUCUAAGAGCCGAGUAGCAUCAUGGUAGAUAUCUUCUGCGAGGUAGGCUUUCCUAUCUGCCGAGUAGACCUAUCAUACUAGCCGAGUACUCCUAUCAUACUGGAUGAAAAGAUUAAGGGUGAGGCCUUGGGUGCAUCUAUUUCAGCACUCUCCCUUCUUCAAGGAUGUACUGUACAUUACGGAGAUAAAUUCAUUGAAGUACAUCUUUCCCCUACUAUUGUGUCUACUUUUAUCAAACCUUUGCCUUUACCGCGUUAGCCUAGUUAAGAAUAUGAUAUAUAGUUAAAAAAAUUCUAUCUAAUAAUAGCAACCUUCCUCGUAAUACCAACCUUAGCUACCUCCCUCUACCCUUCUAUCGAGAGUAGCUAUCCAUCAUGAAACAAAGAUUAGCUUUCUUUUUAUUUCUUGAGUGUGGAUACUUGAAUUCCGACUUAUAUGUUGAUAUAGUAUCAAUAUUGAUAUAGAACGAUCAAAAAUAGGUGGUUGAUAAUUGUGCAACUAUACUCUUUUAGUGUGGACGUACUACCACCAACACCCACUCAACCUUUUAUUCGUUACUAAUUCAUUAGCUGUACUAAGUCUUGCUUGAGGGAAUAGGGUUAAGCCGUCCUCACGAGGUAUAAUAGCAUUAUCUCUUCAACGUCGCUUGAUGAUCAUUUUCUCUUUAAAGAGAGUCUAACUCCCUCUUGUCCAGAUACGGAAUCCAUUCCUUGGUAUUACUCUUCCUUUCAAGGAUCUCACUUUGUAGGCUAUACAUUCAAUAAAAUGCACAUUUCUUUUACGUUCUAUAGUAUCAAUUCCUUUCCUUACAAUCACUCUAUCCUUUCUUCACCUUUUAUUCUAUGUAUUCAACCUAGGAUACCAAUCCCUUCCCUUUAUGAAUCCGAGCUCGCCCUCCGGGGGGAUGAAGGAAAACUGCAUUAUUUGUUAUCGUCCAACCACCUCAGCUUUGGAAUACCUAAUAACAUACCUCCCUAGUUCCCCGCUAUCGCUAUCAGCCUUAAAGCCAACCUGAUAUGGCGAACAAAAGAAACCUAGCUUGAGCCUUCACUCUACCUAGAACCUAAUUACUACCUAGCUUUACCUUCGCGGGUAUUCUUACAAUAGGGAUACCAUGAUCAAAUGUCUUCUGAAUUCCACACCUCAAGGCAGCCAUCCUCAUAAAGGAUAAGAGCUUUGUCAUUGUUGUCGGCCAGUAAUAACCCCUCGGACUCAAUCUCUCUUUUGACUCUAUAUAUGUGGGCACCUGAUAUCUAUGAGGGUUCACCCACCCCGGUGACAGCAUUCCUUUCUAUUGCGCCUAAAAUCUCUAUUUCUGCAAAUAUGUCACGUGUUUCUAUUGUUGCUUCCUAUGGGGGUACAUUACAACAAAUCUUCUUUUUCUGCAGCAUUGCUUCUAUGAUCUUAGGAGCACUGGCCGCCAUGGCCCAAACGAAAGUAAAAAGACCUCUAGCUCAUAGUUCGAUUGGACAUGUAGGUUAUAUUCGUACUGGUUUCUCAUGUGGAACCAUAGAAGGAAUUCAAUCACUACUAAUUGGUAUAUUUAUUUAUGCAUCAAUGACGAUAGAUGCAUUCGCCAUAGUUCCAGCAUUACGGCAAACCCGUGUCAAAUAUAUAGCGGAUUUGGGCGCUCUAGCCAAAACGAAUCCUAUUUUGGCUAUGACCUUCUCCAUUACAAUGUUCUCAUACGCAGGAAUACCCCCGUUAGCCGGCUUUUGUAGCAAAUUCUAUUUGUUCUUCGCCGCUUUGGGUUGUGGGGCUUACUUCCUAGCCCCAGUGGGAGUAGUGACUAGCGUUAUAGGUCGUUGGGCGGCCGGAAGGUUGCCAUGAGUAAGGUUGGGAGACCGAAGGCUGUUUUCCGUGCACCGGACACGUAGCUUACCGAAUCAGUUGCAACACAGAUGGGAAUGCAUGCUACGAAAGACAGGGUCGAGUCUGAUACAUCAACCGUCGACUCCAUAUCCUUGUACGAGUCCACAAUCACUACACGAGAUGAACCUGGGUUUGGUGAAUGGAAGUUGGCCUUAGGUGUAAUAGGACUCCCAGUUACUGCGCGCGAUCGUAUACUGGGGUGCUCCCCGUCGGUUGUUGGAACGACGCGAGCCGGGCCUCGAUUCCUUUCAUAAAGAUGAAGGGACAGAGGUGACUAAUUCCCCAUCUCAUUUGGGGCGGAAAACGAAUCGACAUCUCGAUGUGAUACAGCCCUUUCCAUUUUCGUUGGGAAAGAACGGCGAAGUCCAUCCGAACCCUCCAAUGAAGAAAUAAGAGGAGAGCAAAGCGCCAAUGGCGCGCGAAGGCGGAAGGGGCACGGAGAAAUAAAGAAGUGUGGAGGAGAAGCAGCUUCGCUUCCUGGGCCCAAAGCAGUGCUUUGUUUCCUGGCCAAAUCAAGGAUUUGGGGCUGAUUGCAAAAGAUAUCUGAAUAGAAAGAUAGAUCCAUCCAUCUAUCCAGAUAUCUAAAAAAGAAUCGAUUUUGAUUUCAUGAAACCUUUGAUUCAAAGAACUGCGCUUAGCCCCCCCGCUCAUGAAACGGCUCUGCUGCAAUGGAUGGCAGAGGGUCCGUAGUACCCGAAGCACUGGAGUGAUCCAGUAGCCGGGAAGGGGCCUAGAAGUGCCUACUACUACACCACACUACACUUGGCUCUACACAUUUACAGAGCUUACCCCUGUCCAGUGUCUGGCAGAACGUUGGGGGCUUCAAUCGUCGACUCGUUAUCCCCAUCUCAGCCCAGGCUAACGGAGCCUGACUUAUUCAGGGGAGAGAGUGGAGCCUAUCGAAGCACUCUUGAGAGUAAGAUCCUUGGCUCCUCUUCAUUCUCUACAGGGGUCUCUGCCCACAUGGAAGCGGGGCAGAGAUGGAUAAGAUCAAACACGGGAAUAAGAAGCAUUUAAAAUGCCUUUUUUAUCAUUUUUAUAGAGGGGGAUGGAUAAAGUGGGCAAAACAGACUCACAUUUUUCAAUCGAAAAGAUGGGUUCCUUUUUCGUCUCGACAAAGAAAGAAUCAUCUUGAAAACGCUCCUAACCCCUUCGUAGGGCCGUGUAUAGUAAGUGAUCCGAACCUGCCCGGAGCGAGCCCCCCCUUAGAGGCAAGUGAAGUUGGUGAGCCGUAUGAUGGGCAACUAUCUCCUGCGGUUCGGAGAGGACUCAGCUGUUAGUUAGUACCCCCUUGGUUUCGGGGUGGACCCUUUCACUCUAUUUUAUUAUAUACGCUUAGCGAAAAGAAUGUUUUUUGAUAGACCUAGGACAUGGAUUCUAUAUGAACCAAUGGAUCGUGACAAGUCGUUACUACUAGCAAUGACUUCCUCUUUCAUUACUUCAUCCUUUCCAUAUCCCUCUCCCUUGUUCGAUCUUACUCAUCAAAUGGCACUCAGUUCAUAUCUGUAAAUUCGAUCAUUUACAAGGUUCAAAGAAAGGGUGGACUGCAGGUAAGCACUAAUUAAAACCUCUGCAUUUCCGUGAUUCAAAAACAAGGGCGUACGUAGCCCAUUGUAGAUUCCAGCCGAGAAGAUUAAGGAAUUGUGACAGCAACCAUGUUACUUGCUAAAUUUUGCCUAUAUCUACUCCAAAACUGGAGGCAUUCAUCGAAAGCUAGCAAGAGUAUUUCAUCCUUAGUGAACUGAGAGAUGUUCUAUCGCUCCGCGCCUUAUUUACUUAUUCAGUCUAAAUACGCUCCUUCGGGCAUAAUAAGCAGAGUCUGGGAGUUAUAGAAAGUAGGUCAAGUAGUGAAGAAGUUGGGUCUUGGGUAAGCAUGUUGGACUAGAUAGAAAGACGCAUUACUUCGGACUUGGGUAACUCUUGACGCCGAUAUAGAUGUGUUUUCUUUUUGCCUAUAAGAAAUCCUCCUUUAUGUAUGACUGGGCUUGUGAGAAGUGGUCUAAUACUAUCUAUUCAGAUAUGUCUCUUCUUAUCUUAUGGAUAAGCUAGGGAGGGCAUAGGUAAUUGCUUGGGGGGGCUAGUCAAUGAAGAAUUGAGUAUCUAAUAAUAAUUUCUUGUGGGCAAGAGUAGGGUUGACUUGGUAGGUAGAACUAUUCUUAUGGCUAAGAAGCUAGGCCGAUAUGCUCAUACUAAGUGCUGUAAUCUCUCAUUCAUGCGCAUUAAGGAAAUUGUAAAGAAGAAAGUAAAACGCUCUACGCCUCGUCGAAUAAGAGUGUUUCCGGAUCAUAUCUAUUCUUCUCGGGUACUCUUUCUUAAUGAGAAAAUCAUAACUUGAUCCGAUCUUUAUGUCGCACAGUGGUGUCCCAGGCUAGGGCUGCAGGUCCAGCAUAAGAAUCUAAACUAAAAAAGUAUGUUUACGUGGUCCAUAAAUAAUGGUGACAGAAAUCCCUCCUACUGCGCCUCAACUUGGACUGGAGCUUUCGGGUCUCUAGGUAUUGAAUUAAAGAACGGGUUUAGCUUUGCUUUGGGGGGAGUCCUGGUGGGGAGAUAUGCUAGCAGGUAAUGGCUCAGCUUCUACUUAAAAAGCGUUUUAAGCGGGUUUCCCUAUUUAUUUGCGGGUCUCUCGUACAAGAUUCUAUCAGUUACAGCGGAUUCAAGGGAUGGAGCCAGAUCUACUAUCCGCUUGCUGUCCCUAAGCUGAUAAUUGCCCGAGCCUAUUUGUUUUUUUCCGGGGAGGGGCACAUAGCGAUAGAUACUUUAGAAACCUAUCACUAAGAAUAAGAAGCGGGCUCACUGAAAACCAAACUGUUCGUAUUUCUUUAAAACGCUGCUGCCCUAGCCGGGGGUCUGUCUAUAGAAGAAGGGAAUCAAUAGGAAGGAGUCUAGCCCGAGUGAAGGGUUGAUUCAACCAAAGCAAGAAACAACCCUAUCUUCUGAGUGAAGGGACAACCCAAUCAUUCCUAAGUACCAGAGCCAUGGCGCGGAGUACCAUUACAUUACCGGCACUUUUCUUUGAAUCACUUCUUUGAUCAUUAAGAUCCUGUUCCCCGAGCAACCCGAUCCGAUAUUCCUUAACUGCUAUCUUUCCUUGCUUUUAAAUAAACAACUACUUCAUUUCAAUUCAUUUGCAAGACCAGGCUUGCUCUCCGAGGUGGCAUCCCCUCCUAAGCGAAAUACUAGAGUAGAGGGCUUCCCGUCUUUACUUGCUUCUGGUUGAUGACAGCUACAUCCUUAGCUGGUUUGACAACCCUUGCUAGCUUCUUACUUUCUUACUUCCUCGCUCGCGCUUGGGGUUCCCCCUAAUCCGAGUGUUCUUCCAAAACAGCUAUCCACCGACUAAUACUUACCUGCCUCCUUACCCGCUUUCCAAAAACCCUAUCUGUCAUUGCAUUGCCGUGGUUUCGCACCUCCUACGCCAAUACUUGCUUAAAUAAAUUCUCUAGGGAAGUAGGGCUUCAAGGAAGUAGACAACCACUUAUCGUUAUCGGGGAGGAUGGAUGGUUGUCCCUUCUUCUCAAUAGAAUCCGAUAGACAAGAAUCGAAAGCAGCUGAUUUAUUCCUCAAGUAAGUCAGUUGAUGAUUCAAUUCCUUCAAGGCAAGAGUGGGGCAUCUAGAUCGAUUCGUUUUCCGGUUGUUAUACCGCGAAUAGAAAGAAUUCUGAUUAUCUGUUGAGGCAAGCUAUUCAUCAUUAACAGGAAAGAUCCCAAAGCUGUUAUUGCUAACAUGGGAUAGCCUGACUCUACGCUACAAUCUCUAUUUUCUUAUGAUAUUGAAUCUGGCUUCUAUUAUUCAAUCUCUAGUUACCGUGGGAAAAGAAAGAGACAAGAGCUCUUAGUCCGACAAGACAAGAGAGGAUAUGCCUCCAAAAGCUUCUUCAAUAGCAGUGGAUUGAAUUCAUCUGCACACUGAUAAUUCACCAAAAACAAGAGGAAAGAGAGCAGUGGAUGAUUUAACACUAAGCCAAUCUUGAACAGCAGAGGGUUCAUCUCUAUCUUUAGACUUGGGAUGGGAAAAACUUCAGUUGUUGGUUGGAUUACUGGCUGAAACAAUAGACCUGUUGGUUAGAAAAGCCAUUAUUUCACAACUGUUAAGGAUUACUUCAGGAGGACCUAUUAAUAGUGCUUUGAUCCCUGCUUAGUGUUUUCAAAAGAUAGUUGGAAAGGUAGGUCUAUUUCUUCUUUAUCUUUGUAGAUCAACCUAGCUUUGUACAUGCUAUUGCUUCUACAAUUCACAAGAGUCAUUUCUCCCCAAAAAUAAAUAAGGUUCACUCCAGGUUCUUAAUAGGCAGUAGGCCCCUAAGUCAAAACUACCAUAACUUCUUUCUUACAAUCCGAUUACUAUUUGAUCGAGAGAUAGGCACAUUUCUCCAUGAUAUAAACUAUCCAAUCCACCUCUUCUAUUAUGAAAUAUAAACCAGACAUCGUCGGCGUAAGAACAAGACGGAUACUUCUCCUCCACCCUUGGAACGAGUAGUAGCUUCUAGUUUCGCAGGAAUGACUAGAACGCUCAGAUAUGGAAUUCUUUUAGGCUAGCUCCGGGCUUGCUGUUACAAGCGAUUCGAAUAGUUUUCCUGUGCUAGUUGUGUUGUACAGUACUAUACUACAACUACAUUUCUUUCCUAUUGCUUACCCGGUCUUAUAGCUCUACUUUUGAAACCGAACGAGUAUUGCUAGUUGUUACAAACAAACCCACCAAGCUAUCUCAUCCUCCUCCCCCGGGUUUCCUUCCCGCGACCUGUGCUAGUAGUAUGUCUCCGUUGCUAUUUACUUUCUCGAAUAGACUAGUUGGACAGCUAUCUACGCAUUUACCAGUGCUACUUUAACGAAUCGGGUAGUUGGACAGCAGGAACUCUUUUUUCUUACUACUCGUCCAGUACUAGCAUCCUUUGCCUUCUCUAUCAUUCCAGAGCUUCUCAGCAGACAAUCUCAGCCCCCUAGUUUAAGUCUACGUCCUCAGGGGCGCCCUUUACUUGGUUGAGAUCUAACCACCUUAUGAUAGCACCCCAAUAUUGACGAUCAUAGAUCCAGGCGGGCCCCCCUACCCAGAGACAUUAUAGCUCAUCGGUCUAUCAAGAUAAUAAAAUUCAUUAAUGAAAUUCCUGAGGAGAAAAGCUUUGUCUGGGCUCAAAUUCCAAUACCAUUGAUCGAGGAUAGGGUUUUGAAGGAGGAGAUGCAAGAGGGGUCACCAUUGUUUACUUUUCAUGCCUACUUGCCGGCGGAAGCGAGUUACGGCUUUGCUUCUUUCGUGAUUCACUUGGAAUUCACUUUCUUUCUUUGCAUUCAAUUCUAACUUUGGGAUUCCAGAACAUUCAAGAAAGAAGGUCAAAGGACUCAGGCUUUAAUGCCAAAGUACUGGGCAGAGCGUACUUACCUACUUAGACAAGAGGGAUACUUAUAGAUCUCUAUGAGCGUAAGGCAAAGUGGGCAAGACUACUUCCACAACUACAUUUUCGCCAUUUUUGUUAUAGCCCUUGCGGCUGCUGAAGCAGCUAUUGGACUAUCCAUUCUUUCUUCCAUCCAUCGUAACAGGAAAUCAACUCGUAUCAAUCAAUCCAAUUUUUGGAAUAAUUAGACAUAGAAUCCCCUAAACAAAGGGGCAUAUAUAAUAAUAAGAAACAUUAAGAUGAAUAGAAAUCAAAUCUUAUUUUCUUAUUAGUGUUUAAUAAUAUCCUUUUUUUUAGUAGGUUAUUUCAGAGUAUUGUUUUUUACUUAUUGAAUAUUGCAUUUUUGCAAUUCAUUGAUAUUGCAAUAAUUUAUAUUGAAAAGAUGAUAGCUAAUUUAUUGGCUAAUUCGAAUUAGUAUGUAGAAUUCGUAUAAUUAUAACUGUUGAAGCCUUAAAUUCAAGUCUCUUGGCUUUCUAAGAUCAGAGGAGGAAAAGAAUGAAGGUGUGGGCGGGAAGGAGGAGGCAAGGCCCCCUCAAUGUGUAUUCGACUACUCAUUACGGAACCACCGAUUGAUCCGAUUAGACUUCCCGCGGGGUAGCACGGGGAACUUGCUGAAUCAACUCCUUGGAAUCGGAGGCCUGACUGAGGGUCAAUCCUAUGGUAACCUCAACCUAGGAAUGCCUGUUUCACUUCCUUGACAGAGCCAACUGAGAUGCUCUGUCUCGAUGUUGACCUAACAUGGAUUGAUUAGAAAUUCUGAAGGGUCUCAUCCUGAUCUCGCAAAGGAUCAGCAAUAGCUGUGUGUACUCGAGGACUCUUAGGGAAAGAAAAGCACUUUUCUCUCUCAGCAGUUAGACCGGCUAUGGGCGGGUUGGUUAUAUACUGCGCCUUCCUUCUUUCGAACCUUUUGGUAUGUAUUGCCCCAGAAUAGAAUAGAUCAGAUCCACCGGACCAGAAACUCAAUUCCGCACUGCUGCUGAGUCGUCGGGCUUAUCCACCUCAGGGAUUCGUGGAAUUUCCGUUUUUGAAUUGCGUUGGGGGAAAUCUACCAAAGCUAGGCAGAUAGAUAGACUCCUUUCCCGCUGCUAAGGGAGAGCAAGAAACUAAAUCACAUGACCAGCGCCCUUUUUUUUGCGGGUACUAAGAGUCCUCUCACUACCAACCAGCAGACAUCAUCAUCUGGCUGGGUCUUGCCGGUAUCAACAACGAGAAAGAAGAACCAAAUGGAAACAGCAACUAACUAUGGCUCUUGGCCCAGACAACGUCCUAGGCGUAGGGGAGAUCAAAACAAGAAGUCACGCCUAGACGACGACGCCCGUCCUGGGCUGCAGUAAGUAGAUCGAGAGGUCGUUCCGCCCCUUGUCCCCGAAGAUGGGUAAUAUGUUCUCAUACAAUGUUGCUCCAACUUUUUUCUAGAGGGCCUAGCUGGCGAGCGAUCCCAGUCCGCGGCAGAGAACAAGACAGCAAGCGAGCGUACCUUUGUUCGCUUCUUUUCCACCAAGCACAGAAGUUUAAGGAGAACUGUAGGUCGGUGGCUACCUAAGGAAACUCCGAUUCGAUCCGCCCCCCGGCUGGGAGGCAUCUACCUCAUCCCGAUCACAAGGAGAGGUUCACCAUGAUGGGGGGGUCAGGUACUUGAAUUCUUUUCGUUCCGGAAAGAAUUCAAUGCAUAGGGGACCAUCCUUUUUUUUGCGGCAUGCUCUCUGAUUUACGGAUUCGCAGGGGGCCGAGGGCCAACCUUAGUUGACUGACAAUGACAAAGGCUUGCGAAACAAAGUAGCGCCUUUGAAAUGGAAUCUUAAUUAAGUAGUCGUCUAUCAGUGGUGCGAAGCAGCUUUGCCCCGGGGAGCGAAAGGUUAUACCUUUGUAAGCGAACAGCGGUUCUUCUAUGUAGGGUAUUCCUCCUUUACUCUCUUAAUUAACGUCGAGCUAAGUGACUUUGUGUAGCGUAGUAGAAUGAAGGCUACGUACGCACCGACACUCUCUUAUCCCUAAGCCUCUUCUCUAACUCGCUCGCCUACAAAAAAUAGUAGGCGAGGCACUCAGCCGCUGACUUUGACUGUACUGUAGUGUAGUGUAGUAUACUUUCGUCGCCUUUUCUUUUAGAACCCUUUCUCAUGUUCUUUCAUUCAUCAAGUAGGCGAACCGUCAGGUCCUUAGUAGCGUUGACAAAGAAGAAGAGCCAAAAAGAAAGCUAGAAUUUCCAUUCCAAUAGUGAGACCAGCUUGACAAGCUACCUUUCGGGUGCGAAGAUCAUUUUUUAUGACUUCCACUUCUCGAUCCCGGCCCGGAAAAGUGACCGACCCAAUGAAAGAAAGGGUUUAUGAGCCCUAGCCCUGUAAGCCCACACCUGUGUAGAGUAGAUCGUUCAACACCUGCGGCACAAACCCAUUUUUGACCAAUUGGUCCGUAUAUCAUAGGCGACCGAACGGCCGCCCCCCGUCUUACUAGACCAACCUGCUAUAAUUAUUCCAUAAACACCUAGCGAAGAUAUGGCAAACAAAUAAAGUAGCCCUAUGUUCGGAUCUGACAAUACCAUACCAUAAUCAAAAGGUACAACGGCCCAAGCGACCAGACUUAACAUAAAUGUAGCCACUGGAGCCAUUCUAAAAAGGGAGAAAUUAGCACUACUUGGUGAAAUAGGUUCUUUUAGAAUCAAUUUAAAACCAUCUGCUAGAGGUUGUAACAAUCCGAACGAUCCCACUACAUCAGGACCCUUUCGACGUUGCACAAAAGCCAUUACUUUACGUUCAGCUAGCACUAAAAAGGCUACUCCUAGUAGAAGUGGUAGAAUUAAACAAAGUAUUUCCGCUGGAACAGCUAUGUACGUUUUCGAUUUUCUAUUCACUCAUGAUCGGGCCUGACCUGGUCGACCCGAUCAAACUAUUGAACUUAUGAUCUGGCCUGGUUGACCCAAUCAUGAUAUUGAAGGAUGGGACCUUUUCUCGAUAAACUCCGGAUCCCGAGAAGUUUUGAAGAUGGUGCUCCUGUUACGUUACUUCGAAUGGAAUCCUCACUUGACUAAGCAUAAGCGAAAAACGUGGCUGAGAGUAAGCAAUCCCCUUUCCUAGUGGUUGAGUCAUGAUCAGAAAUAUUGCGAAAGAAAGUGAAAUGUCCUAUCGUCGUCCCAAUUUGGGUAAUCCACGAUGUCUUCAUUUUAUGUACCCAUCUUUACUCGUUUUCGGUGUAUCGAUAGUUCGUUGUACUACACUUUGAACUAACCUAGAGUAGAGGCCGUGCUUAGGAAAAAAUCGAUAUCAGUGAAGUAAUCCCGGAACUCUAGAAAUCGUGAAGAAUUUCUUCCAUUUUGUUCAAUAUCGCGAAUAUAGCGGAAAAGGGCCCCCUCUAGAACAUUCCUUUGAAUGGAAUUGUUCAUUGGGUUCGACUUGUUGUUCGAAAAAAUCGAAAGCAGUCUCUCGUAUGUUAUUGUAAGGUGAUUCAUUCAUAAUAUUUAUUAUGUGCGGUUUCAAGAUGCUAAAAAAGUAUAUUUUGUAAUCGGCUUUUGAGCUCCAUUAUGUGUACUUCAUCAAUUUAGGAAUUAUGGACUUGGCGGUAGUGGUCAAUACUAACUGCACCGUCUAAAUGCUCCCUGACCAAGUUAGCGUACUCGCCAGGGUUGAGUUGAGGGCCCGUGCGCUAAUUGGGCUUCGAGGUUGGCUUGGCUAUACGCGAAAAAAGCUCGCUUUCUACUGAUCUGCGGCCUGUUCUGUCCUAAACAGUUCCUGAAUGUUAUUUGUUUCAUAGGAAGAUUCCAAAAGCACAUUGAUGCCGAAAGAAUCUUCGGAACCGGUGGAGAGGCUAUUCUGAUUGAAGGCUAGACAAAUAACAUGACUGAGGUAUGUAAAUCAAACCAGUGAAAUAGCUUUAUAAUAUUAGAUAGAUAUAGAAUAUCAAAAGCAAAAGCCUGAUAAUGGGUUUCAAACACGAAAGAAGAAAAGAAAAAAAGAAAAUUAUAGCUUUCUUUUUUUUUGGUGCGUGCUUUUCGCCUGCCUUCCCGACCACGGAUAGGCUACGGGGCUUUGCACUUCGGCCCCUGUGAAUACCACAUCAAGGUGACAGGAUUCGAACCUAUGGCCCUCUGUACCCAAAACAGAUGCGCUGACCAGACUGCGCUACACCUCGUCUCCCCCCCGGAACAUAUGGUAUGGAUCUACCCGAUCGAAAAAGACUCGAACCGCAGUCGCCCACCCCGCGGCACAGGGAGGCGAGAACCACCGCUUUUAGGAAAUAAGCCUACAAUUUUAUUUGAUUCUCGUCUCGUUUCACUUGCAUUUUCUUUCGGAAUGACUUGAUCGUUCUGAGAGUGGAAUCGAACCACUCACUCCGGAAGGAUUUAGAGUCCAAAGGGCCCAGCGAAAGAAGUCCCACGCCAGCAGCCUGCCAGAACCAUUAAUACAGGGUUUGAUCCACUGAACACCCACACAAUCUCGAUUUGACAGAUCAUCGCCAUCUCUUUGGACAUGCAUGUGUUAAGCAAAUGGACUGAACUGAAUGAAGAGUGAUGUCACAUCGCAUUUUCGAUCUUAGGCGAACGAUGGGUUACCGGGUCUACGACCUCGCAAGGCACUACUGUAGACCUCUUUGGGCCAGACGCUUUCUCAAUCAAAAAUGGAAAGAAGGAGUGAGUCUAUCACCUACGUCAUUUCUCAAGCAAAAAUGGAAGCAUUAAGUCAUCGUUCCGUCAUACAACAUCUAAGGUCAUCCCUUACGACUUCCCUACAUCACCCUUCUAAGCUCCUUUGCCCUAUGACAAAAGUCUACUUUGAAUGAAUGAUCAUUUUACGGUUCGAUUCCGGCUCGUGACAUGAAGAAGAAGUCCCAAACAGGGAUCAGAUGAGUUUGCACAGCGUUACUUUUUGUUCUUCGUUGACGGAAAAUCAAACGGUUCCCGGUCUUUUCAGAAGACUAUGCUUACUUUCUUUUCUCUUACCGGUCUUUUCAAUCAAGGAAAUGUAUUCCGUUCCUCGAAUCGGGACUUUCUUUGUCGAGGAUCUCUGGUACUCCAUCGAGUUUCCGUUUCUUCUUCUAAUGGCUGUGUCCGUCUAAGGUGGCUGGCUAUUUGAGCGAUUUAAGUAUCGCGGUUGUCUUGAGCUCUGGAUUGAUGGACGGGGCUGGGUUCAAUUUCAACUCGGAGAUAGCCGGGUCUAUAGCUAUAGUAAGAGCCGCUUUGUGAACAGCAUCGGAUAACAUAGCAAGGGUAGCCGCAAUAGAGCAAUUAUGCCUUAAGCCCAAAACUCUUCCUUUCGGGGAAGGAAGAAAAGACUUUUCUUAUUCCAAGCCAGCUACGGGACAAGUGAAACGGGCAGUUAGUUCAGUGAGGACAGCAGUUCCAGCAAAGACAGUGGAAUGGUAAAGCUGUUCAUUCUCAACGGGAAAGGAUUUCUCUAUUGCAACGGGGCUAGUUUCAACAAGGUGAGCAAAGCUAGAUACUUAGGCUUGUCCAGUUGUUCCACCAACCCCUGCUCCCGACCCAGGUACAUUCUUCUUGGCAGCUCAAGACCUUUCUUGUUCCUUGCUCCCGUGGAUCGAUACUAGUUACUUACCUUUAAUCUUAGCUUAGUGUCUUUUACCUAACCUACUCGCUCGCCGAGCUUUUUUUAUCUUGGUUAUUGGCUUUUUUACUCAAGUUAGAGCUUUUCUUUCCUGGCUUUUUCACUCGAGUUGUUCGCUUGGCUUUAGCUCAUUUUUUUGUCCAUUUCUUCUCUUUACAGAUCCCCUCGAAGUAUCCAGAAGAAUGGCAAUGCAAAAUAAUAGCAAUAGUCGUCUCGUAGGUGCUGGUGAAAGAAUAGCUUAUGGGGCUGGAGUCAAAGGAGCUUUCAUAGACAUAGAAAUCAUAAUAGAAAGAGCAGGCCUGCGAGCAGCGAGUGCCCUUUGUAAGUUGCGAGCCUGCCUGUCAAACCAUAGGCGCCUUACCGCCCCCCCUUUCUUUUUUGAAUUAGAAAGAAGGGGAUGAAAGACAAAGAAAGAGAUCAGGUUAUUUAUGAUCGGAGAAAAGGAAGGGGCGUGGUUGAUGUGUCACUGGGAACCCGUAGGAAGGGGAGACGACCGGCCUCAUUCACAUCUGAAAUCGCCAACAUGAACACAAACGAAAUCGUCGAAUUUCGUAUAGAAAGAAAAGGAACCACUUCUAUUCUCUUCUCUUUUCUUAGGUAUAUGAAGAAUUGCUUUUUGGUCCCUUUCGUCCAGUGGUUAGGACAUCGUCUUUUCAUGUCGAAGACACGGGUUCGAUUCCCGUAAGGGAUAUUACUUCAUCCUGGCCUUCAAAUCGUUGGUGCUGAUUAUCAUAUAAUCUCCUUGCUUUGGAGUGAAGAAAAGAAGUUCGAUCAGUUCAUUCAAUUAGGAAGCGUCAGACUAGGCCUUUCUUUCAACGAAUGUCUCAUUCUAAUCUACCUACCCGGAUCCCUUUGCUACUAAGCGAGCCAACUAUCUAUCGACAGACCCAUCAGCUUUGCACUUAACUAACCCAUUUAUUUCCAACAGUUUGACGCCCCAUUCCUCGUUUUCCCACUUGUACUUCUAUGCCUUGCCCCAUAGAGAGGAGUCUUCUUUCUUCGGAAAAACGGCUGAAUUCGAUUAAGUAUUCCCAUAGAGAAAAAAGCCCACUAAUAACUGGAGCUGGAGGUAGUAGCCCUUCCUCUUUGGUCUAGUUGACCGCAGCACCCAUUGCCGAAAGCAGCUCAUACGGGGGUAUUUCCUUGGCCAACGCUUCUAGUAGGAGGCAUAUUCCUUUCUCCCGAGGGUGAGGUUUCUCACUUUUGCCUAUGGCUGGCAUAACCAAAUCUAGAGCGGAGUGAGCCAAUCCAUUUGUAACCGUUUCAAAGUCUUCUGCGGCAUCUUCUGGAUCAGAAUCUCCUGCUCAACCGAGAAUGAAUUCAUUUUCAUUGUAUUAUGUGGCAGUCCCACUACUUUCAACCAUGGAAGCGAAUCGAUGAUCCUGUCCAGAGUAUCUUUAUGAAGAAUAUCCUAGCCUAGUCAUAGCUUUCUUUGUAAAUGAUCUCUCCUCUGCAUCGCUGGAAAAGUUCUCAACCGGAUUAUCGGAGAACAACCGCACUCAACCAAGAACUUCCCCUUCCCCCAUUUCCCUGUCUUCGCUAUUUUGCUUUUCUACUGCUUGCUCCCCGAGCUCCCUAUCCGAGUAAGUCCUACCUUCCUGGUUGGCAAGUAGUAAACCCUACUUCCCUUUCAAAUCCUUGAUUUGAUCAUCUUCAUUCCAUGGUGGACGGAGGAAAACUAGUUACAAAUGUUCUUUGCUCGUGAUACUUUGAAUUGAAAGAGGAACGCUUGCAACGAUAGCCCUUGUCAAGCAAAGCAUCCUAGUGUGAAAAAGCAAGAAAAUGCACUGACUGGCCCUGCCUUCAGCCGUACUCUCCUUUCAUCUGGGUGGGUACUAGUUUGAAAGCAGGAACUCGGAAAGGAGGCACGGUUUUAGCAAGAAGCAAGGAAUUCCAAUUCAUAGGAAAGCCAGCCCUUCGAAGAAAACGGAAGUGCUAGCAACGAAAGCAGCAGGGCCACGAAUCGGAUUAACAGAUAGGGAUCAGGUUGUUGUUGAAGUUCAGUAAAGAGCAGGGCCAAGCCAAGCCGGAUUAGCAGAAGAAAAAAAGAAAGAGAAGGGAUACCCUUGCAUCCCUUCUCUUUCCAUUUUCAAUAUUACAGAUUAUCUAAUCUUUGUUGCUGCUUAGGACUAGGCGAACAUCAGAUGAGAUGAAAGCUAGUACUACCUCAUACGAUACGGUGAAGAAAUUCUAAUCUGCUCUAGAAAACCACUUUUCAUGUUCCAGAUAUAGCACGUAGGUUGUGACUCCACAUGGGGAGCUGAGGGACAUAACAUGAUAAUAGAAGGUCAUCCUAGGUAGAGCUGUAGCACAGAUCCACGGAGCGGGAGGUAAGAGGAAAAGAAAAGAAUACCACCAUAAAAGAAAAUUGUGCCCUCUUGAGCCCUAAACCUAGGAGCAAUGGUUUCUCUCCUUCCCAAACUGCAACCGCAACCAGUUCUAAUUCAAACAGUGUGGUGGAGUUCAAUCAGAAACUCUCCUUCAUCCCUCUUCAAAUGCAUUCCUCACUACGAGAUUGAAUAUGUUUUCCCAGCCUCCCACCAGUAGGCGAAUCCCUCCAACCAAUGACUACACUACCUUGGUUAUCCGCUUUCAUGUCUUGGAUUGAGCUUUCUAACUCUUAUUAUAGUUGGGUGGGCGGAAAGAAAGGACAAGAUUCCUGCUUCGUUCAAAGUCCUAGUCCUGUCUCCUGAUAUCUCGCCCGCUAUUUCUAUCUCCGCUAAACCUAGUCACUUGGCUAGCUAUACUUCUAUAGGAACUAUCUAAGCUAUACUUUACUUGACAUGACUGCCUAUCCUGGAACUAAAAGUCUUAAAUACGUCUCUCUUGGCUACCCGUGACUUGCGUUGACCUAUCCCUACUACUUGGUUAUUAGCUUACCCUUUUAUACCUAUUAGAAACCCUAGCUAGCUUGUAAACACCUAUCUCGUGCUUUACUUCUAUACUGACCUAAACGUGAACUGAACAAUAUGCCUACCUUUUUUAUGUUUCUCAACAAUAAGCAUCCCGUGGUGACAACAAACCAUAUGCCAACAAACAACUCCUUAAAAUGCUUAUAUGUAUACAGCUUGGCCUUGCUAUUCACAAAUGUCUAUCAGCUUCUCCUGCUUCUAUACUUGCCUAUCUGUGACAUGACCUAUUCCUACUUGCUUUGUCAACUACUUUACGAUACUUAACUUAACUUUACGAUACUUUACUUUAUCCCCAGACCUAUAAACAAUGGGUCUCAAUUCGGGAGGAAGAACCGGUAAAUUGUACAUACGAAUGUCAAUCUUCAUUUAAUACACUGGUAGGGGUCGAUCAGGCAAAUCCCAAAGCCCCGAACUGCUCUACUGAUCUUCUCUCUCUUCAGACUCACUGAACCAGACUCCUUUUGCACUGAGAACACAAUUAAGAACCCUCCUUCUCACAUCACAAGAAGGCAAACCUUGUACGUUGAUCGAAUCUUCUUUCGCAUCCAGAAGAGAGGCUGUGGGCUAUCCGAGAGAGUGGUUCAGGUGACUACCGGAGUCAUUGAUUAAGCAGGUCAGAUGGGCUUAGUAGGGCUCGAACCUACAAUAUCACCGUUAUGAGCGGUACGUUUCAACCAAUUAAACUAUAAGCCCAAUCGGAUCUCUACAUGCCGGGAAGAGCGGACAGAAAGAGGAGACCCUUUGCUCUAUCUCCUUCUUCCUCUUCCCGGGGCCCCGGAGGGCAAGCCCUAUUAAAGAAGCUAAGUGACUUUCGUCACUCAAGUAGUGAGUUUGAGAGUGGCCGUUAGGGCGACCACUUGUACUUCUAGGCCUUGGCGACCUAUAGUCUUGUUACGCAACACAGCUUCACUCGAUUCAGUAAAUCAAUAGUUCAAACCAGCCCACUAAUAGCUUAGAUAGUGGCCCUUCCACUUUGGUUUGGUAUAGUUGACCCUACCUAUUGACUCAAGGUAAGACCUCUGACUCAAGGUUCAUAGGAAGGGGGAACCCAGACGUAGUGGGAUGUAGGCUUCAGUUGUUUUGGUACUUUUGCACUACCUACGUCUUAUUAUUUAUUUUGUAACCGGCUUUUCACCGGCAGGUCAGUAGGCCUUUUAGAAGGCGAACAAACGAAAGUUCUCCGCGGGCGCUAGCGCUAUCUUGUUCGCUUUUGUCAACUGAAGUCGCGCGUAGCGCCAACUAACUGAUAGCUGAUAGAGCGCGGAGCCCCGAGUCUAAGCGAGCAGAGCCAUUUCUUUGUCGUCAAAAGAAAAAAAAAGUACUAAAGGCGAAGGGCAUUCUGUUGUACAGCUACUUUGGUUUUGGUAUAGUUACAAAGGUAACCGGUAGGUGACUGUUGAAUCGACAGUAGUUACGAAAGGGGGAAAUAGCUCAGUUGGUUAGAGUGCUGGUCUGUCACGCCAGAAGUCGCGGGUUCGAACCCCGUUUUCCCCGCACGAUCUUCCUCUUCCUGCCCGACUCAUUUUGUCUUCACUGGAAGCUGCUGAUCCCAGCGUAGCAUUCAAGACAAUUGUUCCUUCUUCGGUCUCCCUCCACCCCCUUCGUUUGUUGUGGGUCGCGUCUCACCGCAGGCACUUAAUGAAAAUGAAUGAGUGAAGAUCUUCCUUCCCCCCUUGUGUCUUACCAAGGACUGAGUUCCCACUUGUGGCGAAAAAAAAGUAUACCAUCCCACCCGGCCUCCCCCCGGGGGGUUAAGGUUCCUCUCGGAGACUGCCAGUCUACAAGAAGCUGGCAGAGCUUUAGCCAUUGGACCACAUCCAUCCAUCCUCCUACCUAAACAGUGACGCCUUUUCUUGUUCGUUCUUCGAAUUACGCUAGUGGAGACUAAUUCCUUCCGGCUAAUGAAGAUACUACCCCAGUCUUCCCAUUCAUUCCCAGUGGAUCCUUUUCAUUGAACGAACCAAGUUCACCUAUACGAGAGUGAGGAAUAGAAAUCCUACAAUCAACUUCCCACUUUUUAUGUCCCGUUUGACGAUUCUGCUGCGUCUUUAGAAAAGAAAAAGGAGAAGGACAGGGUCAGAAAAGCGAUAACUAUCAAUUCGAAUUCAGAAUGAAUCAAAUCUCCCCAAGUAGGAUUCGAACCUACGACCAGUCAGUUAACAGCCGACCGCUCUACCACUGAGCUACUGAGGAAGAACGGACUUAAGGAAGCUGACUCUCGUUCUUUGGACCAACCAACCGAAAAGAAAAAAAGUUAGUCACUUUUUCUCUUUUCCGGGAGAAAGGGUGACGAUAGCAAUCCCCUUUGCCUCCCCGGCCGGGGAGCCCCCAGGACAGGACAAGGGGGGCGGCGGUCAACCAUCAACUCUCGAUAUGCAUAUUGAUCAAUCGAUCUCUGCGUCCUGCCAGUUCGCUAAGUAGACUCACUCUACCGAGGGGCAACUAAGGUUGGUUCCUGCCAACUGCUUCCCUUGCUGAUCAGCAAGGGAAUUGGCAAGUAUGAGAGAGGACUCUCUCUGUCUCUCCGAGUUUCAACUACUAAGUGAAGUGAAGUAGCACUUCAGCUAUUCUAAAUGUAAAUAGAUUCCGAUCAAGCAAGCAGGAGAAGGUGGUCCUUUCAUCUCUCUGUCUGCUCCAUGCUCUAUAGCCUAAGGAUCAUGAGCAGGUUUAAUGCUAGAAAAAAGGAGAUCUGCCUAAUCAUUUCGGUAGAUGAAGUAGUGGGAUGGGAGGUCACGAAGGAAGUAAGGGGGCGUGUUAAGUUGAUAAUUUCGAACAUUGUAGCAUCCUUUUGACGGUUGGGCUUUGAGUUGAGUUCUUUUAAGAACUCUUAAUAUGAAAAUACACAUCAUAAAAUGACGCAUCGAGCGAGACCAUUCUGUUUCAUUGUGAAUGAAAGACGUUUUCGACCAAAAACAUCUACUCAUAUCCAGCUUCGUGUCAUUUUUCUUCCAUUCGCUCGCAGGCUAAACCCCCAAGAUCUUUCACUGUUCAGUUUGGUUUCCGUUCGUUAGCAAGUGCCCGGCAUCCGUCAAACGAACAUCGGCUAGUUGUGCUAGCUUUUCUAGCUACCUCUUUCACCAUUCAUUGGUUUGCGGAUCUCUCCGAUUCAUUCCCGACUUCCAUCCAGGAAGCGAUCUCGGUAACCCACGAUAAAUCCAAAUCCUAUCAAAACAGCUGUUCCAAUCCAAUGAAGAUAUCUCAACAUCAAUCAACUAUUCUUAUCGGAAGCUUAGUCUAAACCGAGAAACAAGUUUUUUCGCAUCGCUAAUAAUCCGGCGAAGGGAGGAUUCUUCAGAGCGGGAUCAAUGGACAACGGAGAUUUCAUAGCUGUCCGGGUGGUUAGGACAUCCUAUCUUGAGAGAUUUAGAAGGGAAUGCAUGUGCCUACCCUCAAACUUUUGGUUUUGUUUUGUUAGACGGAUACGGGAUUGUGAGAGCUGAUGUUCCGGGAUAGAAAUCCAGUGUCGAACAAGUAAGUGUAACUUUUAAGUUAUCAGGUGGUGAACUCGAUAGAAAAGGGUUCUUUCUUAUUCGUUAGAGGAGGGUUGUUCUUAUGAACGAACAAUUUCCAAUGACAAGAUGGUUGUGCAAUCUUGUUAUUUUUUUACUAUAACUGCAACUGCUACAACUACAAGACGAGAAAAAGAUGAAAAAAUCCAGUCUAUCGCUGGAAGAAGAUUGGAAUGCGCCCCAAGAGGUGAUCGAAAUAAAGAGGAUAGAAGUCUUUCAAAAUCACCCCCGCGUAAAGGAAAAAGCCCUUUCUUAUUCUUGGUCGUCUUGCCCCCCUGCUAAAAGAUUUCCGUUUCAAACCAGGUUGUUCUUUCGCUUCUACGCUCGUCAUUACCUUUUCGUGCUUUCUCGUACCAGUGCGUAUAUCAAUGAAAUGGGGUUUCCUUUUAGAUUAGAAUAGAACCGCCCACUAUGUCUGUGAUCCAAUCUCAGAACUCUUCUUUCUUUCCUCGUUCAUCCAAUAGCUCUCCAAAUGGAACCUCAGCUUUCAUAAACAGGAGCCGAAAGAAGGCGGAUUGAUGCAAGUGUAAUCAUUCCACGGAUAAAGAAAAGAGUGCAUGCAUCAGUCUCAGUCUCAAAGCCCUUUGAGGCAGUCGGAAUUCUCGUAUCAAUAAGAUCAUAUCGGUAUCCAUCUAUGAAAGAUCUCUAUUGCAUCAAACCUCCCCCUAGCCCGUCCCUUUUUGGUAUAGAAAGUUCCAGCCAAUUCCAAUAGCUUGAUAGAGGGCGCUAUUACCCUUCAGCUCAAACUUUCGGAAAGCUCUAUAGUAUCGUAUUCCGCUCGUAUGCUCUCGUUAUGUAAUAUAAUACCUUUUACCGUUCAUCAAGUGAACGUAGCCCUUUCGUAGUCUAUGCCCCUUUAUUCUUAAGUGGGGGAAUCCUCUGAAAGCCGGUGAUCGAGUGAGUAAGUCCGCCAGGAAGCUAGUUCUUUAGGGCUUAAAUGAAAGCUUGUCGGCUGUGAAAAGUAUACCUUUCCUUUCCCACCAGUUUUUCGGUGCCUUCUUUAUGCUCGAGACUAAGGAAGCAAGAGGAAGAGUGAGGGUCGACAGGCAAAGAAUGGCUUGAGUGAAAGCUGGAGUGGCACAAGACAGAUUGAAAGCAAAGGGAAUAGCUCAUAUGGAAAGAUACAUAUAUAGUAAAUUGAAUUUGAAAGAUACCCGUAAUAAGCGAUAUUCUAAAAGAUUCAGAAUGAAUGAAGACUUUCUAAUAACAUAGGGUUCCCGUGCAGCCAAUGGGAUUGGGGGAGUAGUUCAUAGUUCCCCUCUAGCCAAUCCUAAAAGUUCUUCUGCCUUCGAUCCAGUGGUAAGCCUUUCAAGUUUCCAGCCAGUAGACAAGAAAUUCUGUACUGUAAGUAAGAGACUAGGGAUAGCCAUCAGAAAAGGGGAAGCCUGUCUCAAUCAGUACUUCUUUUUUUGGAAAGCCAGGUUUUUUUAUAUGAAACUCAGGCAAGAAGACGAAAAGACGUUCACGUUACCAAUUCCGUCUCGUCUGAUCUUUUUUUUAUUGGUUUUGUUUUUUCUCUCGUGCCCUUCCGGGUGGUACAAAGAACUGAUGUAGGGGUUGCCGCUCCUUACCUUAGUUCAUCUCUCGGUAGAACAAGGCACCUAUGCGGUGGGUUCGACUCCCACAGGAGCGUACAUUUCCAAUCGAUUUGGUACUUUUCUUGAUUCAGAGUUCUUGCUGUCCAUUACAGAUUCUUUAGCGAUGUAAAGCCAUCAGGCAGUAGACCGGCAAGGGAACGGCUGUCUCGGUAUUCGUUCUUGAAUCAGUGACUGAGAGUAAGGGCUAGUGAUUCAUCUAAUCAGACUAGUGGGGCAUCUUUCUUUUCGUAGUAAGCAACUCUAUUGAGAAAGCUCUUUCUUGAUCGAAGUAAAGAAUCAUUGUAGUUCCUCUUUAGGCGAGCUACUUCGUUCCUAUUCUCCGAUUCUGAAUAGGAUCAGGUUGUAAUGAACCAAAAAUACUUCGCUAAGGUUCAACCGUUUCGCUACGGUUUUCUUCCAAUUUCUUCUAAGGAAGUAAAAUAAAAGAAAGAAAAUAAAGGCCUUAUAAGCUUUCUCUGUAUGGAAAAAGGAAGAAGAUGCUGCUUCGGCUUCCGUUUCUAGCUCUGCUUGAGCUGCUUCGUCUGUUUCUCUUGAUGUGGAUGUCGGUGAGUCAGAUCUCUUCUCUCACUUUCGGAGCACAGUUGGUCCUCAAUUUGAAAACCGACAAAGGUGACUUCUUCCUUAUUCACGCCUUGAUGCACCGCACCUUUUUCGUGUUCAAUCUCGCCUGAGAGCAGUGCAUCGAUACCAUUCGUCUUGAAGAGCCUAUAUAAGCCCUGACCGAAGAGAAUCCUUUGAUAUCCGUCUUGCCUUCUCAGUCCUCCUUCUCAUCCCAUAGGUCUCAGGGUCCCCUCCACCGACCCUUGUACUAUAGGUUUCCGGGCGUGAGCCAAACCUAGGGCUUGGAUCGAAAUAUAGCUUUGCUUCCUUUUUUUCUUUAGUCAGAAAGAGUUCCCAGCUUAUAGUAAAGGCUAUAAUAGUUCUAGUUUUCUUUCUCAUUAGGGAAGGCGGGCUCGCAAGCCUAGCCUUAUUUUUAGCGGCCGGGAGCUAAUGUGAGAGGCAUCGGCAGCCUCAACCACGGUUCAAGCACCGGCUCACGACAGAGCUUGAUCAUACCUGGACCUACUUCAUUUUCUACUCCUGUAGGUUAGGUUACCGAUUUUCCUCCGACGAUGACUCUAGGUGAGGGACUUAGGCCUAUCAACGGCAUUCUGGACCUGCCUUUCUUCUCACUUGAUAACAGAUCAUCUAGCUCUCUUUUAUAGUAUAGUAAAAGUCUAUCUGGGCACGGAAGCUAAGCGGGCUAAGAAAAAGGCUUAAUAAGAUGAGUGGGGAAGAAAAAGUAUAGCAUUCAUUCCGAACUGAUUCUAAGAAUCGCUAUUAGAUGCUUCUGCAGAUUCGUAUGUUGCUCUAAUUGAAGCAAGGGCUAAGGGUUCGGUGGGUGCAGGCCGGUCAGCCAUCAGUCUCAGAUCCAUUCCCGCAUUCUCUUAUUAUGUAGUCUUGCUCACUUGACGAUUCGGAAGAUGAGGAUAAGAAGAAAGGAUAAAGAGCAGGAUCGUGAGGAUGCCCCCUAGAGGAAGGUGGCUCUAGACCUCCUGUUUAGAAGAAUGAAUUUCCAUUCUUUUGUUGGUUUUCUGUUCACUUUGAAUCAGCCUACGUCGUCUCUCUUCCCUCACAAUCAUCAGUGUCUGAAGUUUCAUGAUGAAUAUUGGUUUCACAUUUUAUUGCUGUAGUGAGGAAAUAGAACCAGAUGAUACUAAAAAUUUGUAUUUGAGUUCUGAUGAGGAGUGAGGUAGAUUCGCAUUGUUGAAGAAAGCGAAGAAAAAGGAUGCUGCUAUGGCUUGCUUGUGGCUCUUUCUUCUAUUGGCUAGUCUCAGGCAUGAGAGUUUAAAUUUCUUUUGAAAAGCAAGUGCGGCUCAGUCAUAAGUGUUAGUAAUAGCAUGAAGAUUGAUAAGUUGUCGGUUCCAAGAGAGCAUAAAAAGAUCCGGUCACAAGGAAAGUUUCGUAAUCAAAACUUUGUAUUUGUAUCAAGUAAAAUCAAAGUUACGGUAAUAAUAAAAGUAUCCUUCUUUCCGAUAAAUAAAACUAAAAAGACUAUGAUAAGUUCCCCAAGGAAAUGCGCCAGUUCGUCACAAUCAAUCUUCGAAAAAGUCGA